AUGACCCAUUUACAUGCUGGUCUCAGCCCAGAGACGAUAGAGAAAGCCCGCCUUGAACUCAAUGAAAACCCAGAUGUUUUGCACCAGGACAUCCAGCAGGUCAGGGACAUGAUCAUCACAAGGCCUGACAUUGGGUUUUUACGUACAGAUGAUGCCUUCAUCCUGAGAUUUCUCCGAGCCAGAAAGUUUCACCAAGCAGAUGCCUUCAGAUUACUGGCUCAGUAUUUCCAGUACCGUCAGCUGAACCUGGAUAUGUUCAAAAAUUUUAAGGCUGAUGAUCCUGGGAUCAAACGAGCUCUGACUGAUGGAUUCCCAGGAGUGCUGGAAAACCGUGAUCACUACGGCAGGAAGAUACUUUUGCUUUUUGCAGCCAACUGGGAUCAGAGUAGGUAAAUGUAGAUAGUGUACUUAUCUUUUUAAAAAAUAAUAAUACACAAACCAUUAACUGAUUGUUAAUAGCGACACACAUGGGGAAAUAAUUAUUUUGAAUUGUUUUCAAAUCCUGAGUUGAUCUGAUGAAUCUGAUAGUCAAAGAUGUGCAUUAAGAAUUUCCUUCCUUUUUGCUUCAGAUAUGGAGUUCCCAUUUUCCCGUACAUACAGCAGGCUUCAAAGAAAAAUAUUUGCAGGAAGUGCUUCAGUGCCUAUUAUAUUACACAGUUGGCCAUAUCUUGAUAUGUGAUAUGAUAACUGUGGCCACAGUUACAAGACCGUGUGUGUGUUGUUGUUUUUAAUGCCAUAAUGCUGGUAAAUGCAAUGUGAUCACAAAGGCGGAGACUUUUAAACUGAAUAAUCUAAAGAAUCAAGGGGGAUGAAUGCUUCUUUGCUCACAACCAAUCUUUCCAUACCAGCUGGUGCCCAUAAAUUCUGCUUUAUUAACCCAAGAGUUGUAAAUGUCAGACACUUAACUGCAAGUGUACAGAGACUCAGAUUUAAAGGGCAGGGCAUUACUGCUAUGUGAGAUUACAAAAAUCAGUGUAAAUUCUUUUAAAAGAUAUUGAUCAAGACAAACUCACAUGCUUGCCAAGAUGUUCUAAUUUGGGAAGUGUGAUUGCCAGCACAUCCUUCUGUCAAAAUAGAAGGAUAUUUUUAUUUCUUGGCACUGCCAAGAAAUAAUUGCCAUUCCUUUCCAGCUUCCGGCAUGUUAAUGGUAAAAGAGCUUUGCAAACCCUCAUUGACCAUCUUUUAUUUCUGCAAUAUGCUAUUAAAUGCAGGGCUGCCAAGACUGUUGUCAGCGGCAUCAGCACAGAAGUUACAUAUGACAGAUUGAAGUCAUUAGUUCAGACCAAUUACACUUCAAACAAUUACAUUUUUCAGUUCAUCAUAUUAAUUUCUUGUGGGUUAGAAAAGAGAGCUUUAAGCUGAACAAUAGACUGGUGCAAUGACAUGUGAAGGGGUGCAGGUGGAUAAUGUAGGAGAUAUGAGAUAAUGCACUUGAUUCAAUCCAAAUUAAACCUGUCCCUGUCCUGCUUUAUGAAUCACAGGUAGUUCUAACAGGCCAGCGGCAGAAGCAUAUGGAGAAAGCAGUUUAAGGGAGCAUGCAAUAUGCUUAUAAUCUCUUGUCUUUCCCUGUCUGUAGGGGCCUUUGGCCCAAGUUGUGACAGUUGUCGUUGGUCCCUUAAGACAGAUGCUUCUGUCCUGCUUUUGUACAGUCCUCAAUGGCAUAGACAGACAGAUGGCUCCUUAGGCUUCCCCCUUUGCUGUGACAAAGAAGUAUCUCACUAAACUAGGAGAGAGGGAAAGACUAAAAGAUCUCAGAAGCCAACAGCACAAUCCUAAUAAUGUAUACUGAAAAGUAAGUCCCACUGAGUUCAGUGGGGCUUACUUUCAUGUAAGUGGGGUUAGGAUUGAACCCUGAUGUACCUGUAAACAAUCCUCUGUAAUGUUUUCCCACAUAAUCCAGUACAAGGGAAUUCAGGAGCAAACUGCUAAACACCAUCCUGGCAAAUUCCAACAGAGUGCAUUGCUUGGCUCAGGCAAGUGAGCCAAGCCUUGUUCUUUAAUGCAGAACCUGUGGUCCUCCAGAUGGGGCUGAUGGGAGUUGGAGUCCAACAAUGACUGGAAAGGCCACCUGUAUUCAACAAGGAAAUUCAGUUUUCUAAAAUGGUUGCUCAUGUGUUGUAGAUGCUCUUGAAGUAUUCUGAAGUUCUGCGUUCAGAAUGGGGAGGAAAGCAAGCUAAUUCAUAAUUCUACACAUGUCUAUUCAGAAGUAAGCCUUGCUGAGUUCAAUGAGACUUAUUCCCAGGUAACUGUUUUGUGGAUUUCAACCAGAAAACUCUUAAACAACAAAAACAAAAACUUGGCAUGUACCUGAGCCCUGCAUUUUGUAAGUAUUAGAAAAUCAGUGUAUCACUUCUUAACUGACAAGUACCAGGAUAAGGAAAUUGCUGAGCACUACUGAAAAUACCUCUAAGGGAAUGCUCAUAGGACAAGUUUCUAUUUUAUUUUAUCGGUAAAAAUAAAUGCUAUAUAACUAUUUUUUUGUUCUUACCCUAUAGUGACUUUCAGAUCAUGAACAUUCAUUCAAGGUUCUUCCUUCAUACAGGUCAGGAGGGGUCAGUCAUGCCUUGGAAUAGACUAUUCUUCCAUUCCUAGCUUAUGAUGACAAAAGUUCCAAUUUUAAAUGAAUGGAAGGAGUUCAUUCUUAGUGUCAUUUGCACCAAGUUCAUAAGCUUAUGAAUCAUAUGGCCUGCAAAGAUCCAAAAAUCAUUUUAUAGACUUUCUCCCUGUGUGAGAGCUACAAAUUUAAAUGAGCUGUCAUCUGACCACUUACAUUGCAGUUUUAAAUGGAUUCAAUAAGAAUUAAAAAAAUGGAACCCCAAUUCAACAAAUCCAGCACACUAGUGGAAGUCAGUGCAAGGACUCCCACAAGCAUAAUGUGUACCCCCUUCCCCCGCCUCUCCCAAAUCCACUCUGGAGGGUCAGGAUAACACAUCAAAUAGCAUGUGGGUGGAGGAGAAGGGGGAUUGUUUUAUCCAACAAGCUGAAAUGCUUGCUCUGACAGAAUGAGCAGAAGAGCAUGGCAUUGAAUUCUUUCCCUAGAGCAGAUGUCCCCAAACUUUUACUAUACAGUGAAACCUUGCUUCUUUAAUGCCUUGGUAUUCAAACAUUUUGGCUCCUGAACACCAAAAACACAGAAGUACGUGUUUCGAACUUUUUUUGGAAAUCGAACGUCUGGUGUGGCUGUCGGCUAUUGUUUCUGGGGCGCCUGUGCCAGUUGGUAGCUGUGCCUUGGUUUUCUAACGUUUUGGCAGUUGGACAGACUUCCAGAAUGGAUUACGUUCGAGAACCAAGGUACCAUUGUAUUAGGUUUAAAUUCAUCCCCCUAAAUACUGUGCACCAGGAGAAAUGCAUGAGAAAAGCUGCAAACAACCUUUUGGAUUGAAUAUAGUAUGGCAACAGCUGAGUCCCAACUUUGGAGAAAGGCAGGUUAUAAAUACAUUUAAUUAAUUAACUGAAUGAUUACACAAGCAACCCAAGCAAGCAUUUGGGGAAGUCAGUGGUGUGCUGCUUGUGAACAAUUCUACAUCUUUCGACUGAUGUAGUGUAGUGACUUCAGUGGAAACAUACUGUAAAAUGGGCUCAUAUUCGUGUUCCUGAGAAAUGGGCCAAUGAAUGACAGAAAAAGUUGGAUUUAUGGAUAAUACUUUGACCAAAUGUAUCCUUCCCAUAUGCCAUCUGUAUUGAAACAAAUGGUAGUUUUACUGUUACCAAGGCCACAGCUCUUGGCUUGGGACAGUCUUUCUUCCAGUUCUGAACAGCUAUCUUUGAUUGUUCCUUGACUUGCUGUUAUUGCUAAGAUUCAAGGCAGGGACUGUUUAGUUGUGGCCCCAUUCACCUAAAGAAAUCUGGUUUAGCCUAUCUUGGCUUCUAUUUAGGAACCUCUGCAAGCCAAAUCUAUUUUGUCAGGUUUUUAGGCAACUGAUAUUUUGCUGCUCCUAUUGAUGGAUGGCUUUACUGUAGAUUUUUUUUUAAGUUACAAAAGCAAAUCAGAAAUAUUUAGGAAGUGGUCAAUAAAAUGCAACUCAGUGUAACAGAGGGAACAAUUUCUAAUUUAAUAGAAAAGCUCUGAACAAACCUCUGGAUUUUGAGUCCACAUUUUGAUGCUAAGCAUUUCUAGCUCUCUGCUGCAAUCUCAAAUCAAUUUUAUCAUGAUGACAUAACUAAUUCUUUACACAUGCUGAAAUUGUAUAAGGGAAAGAAAAAGUGGUUUGAGAUUGCCCUAGAUUGUUGAAAUGAGAUAGGAAAUGAUGUUUUCUAUGUAGGCCAGCCUAUUUCUAUUAUUCAUUUUCAAACACAAAGUGUAUCCUACCAACCCUGCUUUCAUACUUCUAUGGAGGCCACUUACACAUCGGUGAAAGGGAAGGAGACAUAAAAGUUGCAUCAUCUCAGUAUAGUGAAGAAGACUGUGACCUAUGGAAUUAUGGAACUUGCUCCUGCAAGAGGCAGUGAGAGCAACCAAUUGUGGUGUCUUUAAAAGAUGAUUAAGCAAAUUAUUGUAGGACAAGGCUAUCAAUUGCUACCAGUCAUGAUAUCUGUGUAUAUGGGGAACUGACAUUUGGACUAGAAACUGAUUUACUUCCUCCACCUGUGAGUCAAUUUGGUUCAAAAGGUUUUUUACAGAGAUCCUCUCUGAAGUCAGUUUGCAGCAUGAUUUGAAUCCAAACUGUUCCUGGAAAUGGAUAAACCUAGGCUAAAAGUGUGAAAGAUCAAAUGUUAAAAAAACAACACCUGGGACAGUUUUGGAGAAUCAAGGUUCUACUCUGCCUGAAAGCCCUGAAAAAUUCAAUAUUGUGCCAAAGGUUAAAAAUAAAUAAAUGAUUGCCCUUUUGCAUGAACAUGAACAGUGAUAUUUGCACAAAGAAUACCUGAUUAAGAGAACAAUUCCCAAGAUGAGGGAAAAAACACUUUCUACAACAGUUUUUCCCGUUUGUUCAGUUUCGCAGCCUGUCUUGCAUCCUCUCCUCUGCACUUCUCUGCCUUCUUCAGACUUCAAGUCAAAGCUGCAAUCUGGAGAACUCUGGCUGUGUAACUAAAUGAACUUGGUUCAUUACCGUUCAGAUCAAUCAGCAGUCUCCUUUGUUUCUUUUGCGGUACAAACCCAGUGCUUGAUUUAAGCUAUAAAUAACAUGAGGUGUUAACUCAUGGAGGGUUUAACCGCAAAGAAUAAAUUAUUAAAGACAUUUGUGGCUAUCAGAAGUUGGUUUCGAUGGCUUCUGUUUACAUCCUAGGAGAGCAAUAACAGAAGACAUCACACAUGACAGGAUAACUGAAAUGAGAAAACAUUAGCUUAAUAUGUCUGGUUCGUAUUUAAAGCUAUUGCAUUUUCACAUGCUCCCACCUUCCAGAGCCGUGAGAAGUUUUAGGGGAAGCGCUACCUGAGUUUUGGCUUUCUUAAGGAGAGGAGACACUGGAGACUCACAGCACAUUUGUAAUAUUUGGUUUAUUCACCAGUAUGCAAGUAUUAGUAGAGGCAAAUUGCAUCUGCACUUUUACUAAGCAGCAGGUCAAUCAGAUAUAGAGAGCAAUUGUAUACCCCACUCCUUUCUUGGAAUCAUCAGCUCACAGUGCUUCCUUACUCGCUCCUUGUUCUCUGAAUACUUCAGCCGAAUUUUAGAGCAUACCAAAAUUCAAGCAGAUCAUGUUGCUCAAACAAGUCUCAAAUGAAGCAGGGAAUCCUCUCAUGUGUUCCUUCCUGUCCAGAAGGAUCCAGUGACUGGCAUGGGUGGGUGAAGUCAAUCUAGGGCCCAAGAGUAUUUCACUGCUUAGGCAGAUGUUGCAACUUCCAUCUUGCAGUUCAGUGGCUCACCGCAUGAGGGAGCUGCCCUGGUUGGAGCCCCAGCAGCUCCCAACAACUCUGUUUAUAUCCCACUCUUCAUCCAAGUUGCUCUGGGCAGGAUACGAUAAGCCCUUCCAAGGAUACUUACAACACCUCUGUGGGGUUGGUUAGGAUGAGAGAUAGCGGCUGUGUCAGAGGCACCAACUUCUAAGGGAGAAAGCGGUGGCUGACAUCGGUGUGACUGUUAGAAUUCCUGCUCCAUGAUUGCAGUCAUGGGAUUUUUGUCUAUCACAUGACGGUAUAUGUUUUGACUCCACGGUAUAUGUUUUGAGUGGGAAGUGACGGAGACAGGAUGUUUGUGUUACUGUGUUCCGUGAAGUGGGACUAUUGUCCUUUGUUCUUUUUCUCUUUGCUGUCUGAUGCUAGAGAGAGAGGGAGCCAUGUUGCAGUGCUCCGUGUGUGUUUAUAUGUAAAUAAAGUAGAUUAGCCAAAAUGCUGAGUUGAGUUGCUGAGGUCUGUUAUGCAAGCUGCAAAGACUCUGUGGAUCCCUAAGUGUGCCAGUGUCUGUUGCCAUCGGUCGCUGUGAUGUUCGGGCAGAAGAAAGAAGCUCCUGAACAAUCGACCAGGAGGGAGAGAACACACCAGUCAGGCAUGUGUCUCUGCUAUUGUAGGAUGAGCUCGAGUGUAGGAUGAGCUCCUAACAGUGACAGGAGCCAGGGAGUUGAGCAGCGCAGCUUCAAUGGCUGGUGAAUGCUACUUCUCCUGUCGCCGCCACUGGCUGGGGGCUGCUUCCCUGCUUCUUCCUCUCCAUGGUAAGAAGCCACACUGUACUUGGCUCUGCGAUUGGCCUCCUCUGCCUGCUUUGAACAUCCUCCCAAAAUAUUGGGGUCCCUAAAAGGUCUCAGCCCCUAGGAGUUCAGCUCCCCAUGGCUGUGUAUAGAUCGCCACCUUUGAACAAAGCUAGAUUGUUCUUUUCCUCAAUUCGGAUCAAAGCUGCUUUGGGGGAAAAUGCAUCAAAACUCAGUAAUUCAUAAGAAAUGACAGGGUAGAUGUGGAUUUUACUAAUAUCUUGUAUAUGCUGCUUCCCAAACCAGCAGCAGAAAUGCAAUGGCUGCACAGUAAACAGAAAUAUGUAAGCAUUGCAUUCCUGCUGCUGGUUUGGGAAAUGAUGGCGUUUUUAUUGCUUCCUUUGUUUCUUAUAUUAUAGUACUGUUUGAAUUAUAAGCAAGGUUAAUUGUAAAGAUGAAAAAGAAAGGAAAGGGGCGGGGGGGGAAUACAGUUGGAAAGCCUACAGCAUAUAGCACACAUAUUACGAUUGCUACAGCAGGAUCUACAAAAACCAAUCAGCAAUGUUUAAAUCAUCCAUGGUUAAACAAAGUUGGGAGCCACUGCAUGAAAACGUAAAUGGAGCCCUGCUGGAGUAGACCAAAGGCCUAUCUAGUCCAGUGUCCUGUUUCCUACAGUGGCCAGUCUAUGGGAAACCCACAAUGCAGUAGUCAUCUCCCAAAGUUGUUCCCCAGGAACUAGUGUUUAAAGGCAGGGCAUUUCCAAUACUGGAGAGAGUACGCAGCCCAGUAGCAGCCAGUGGGGAGGGGUGGGGCACGGUGGCAUUGCUUACGUGGUUUCCUAAUGCAGUGCUCACUUCCAGAAACCAAAAUGGAGAGAGGUGAAGCAGUGGGGGUUUCAGGGUGGGUAGUGGAUUGGCUAUGCCACUGCAACCGCUGCUCUGACAUCUUCACCCUUAUCUGCCUCCCUUCACAUUGGGAAGCUAGGUAACACAAUACUGUGUUUUCCUCAUCAGGAAUUGCCACAGCCAGUUGAUAAUUCUGAUAAUUCCUGCACCUUUCCCAGUUCUACAGUAUCCCUUUUGAGAUGUGGCAACCAGAGCUGUAUGUUGUAUUGUCAAUUUCGUCUUCAAUUCAUUUCCCAAUGAUACCCUAGGCUUGAAAUUUGCCCCUCCGCCUUAACAGUAUCUCAGAGAAGUUGCAAUUUCUUGAAGUGGUGAAAACUAGUUGAUAUCGUGGUUGCUCUGAAAUUUUUAACCUCUGCUUUGAUGUGAAAUUAGCAGGUACUAAAUUCAAUAGCAAUCAAAUCCCUAAGUGUCAUUUUAAAAUUUCAACAGAAUGGUAUUGACAGGUCAGGAACAGGGAAAAAUAGUACCAUUACUAUCCUCCAAUUUGAUCAAGAGCAUCUUGAAGUCAAAUUACAGUCUUUGUAAAUUAAGUCUUGUGAAGAUUUGGUUCAUUUCGUUGUAACUGAAGGGUCCUGUGCUUGUUCUAUGUUUUUUGCCAGUACUUUGCCCUGAUUGUACAAAAUAUAGCUUCCAAAGCAAUACAGCCUUGACAAGUCAGAUUACAUAAAAAGUGGCACCAAGUCCCUCUGAUCAAAGCAACAAACAACAAUCAUUUUCACUCUGAUCCAUAAAAGGGAAAUGUUUUCUCCCUUUUUCUAAGGCAUUCCCAGUUAUGCAUCCUUAAUGUAUAACAUGUAUGUUAGAUUAUAUCAACAUUAGGUGUGGUUGCUUAUAUUGCUUCUACUGCUGGGCCCUAAAUGUGUGAAUUCAAUUGGGGUUUGGGCCUGGUUUUGGCACAGAAACUGCUUUGGUCACCCUGUAUGAUGACCUCUGUCGAGAGAGACACACAAGGGAAACAUGUCCCUGACAAUUCUCCUCGACCUCUCAGCGGCUUUCGAUACCAUCGACCAUGGUAUCCUUCUGGAGCAACUGUCUGAACUAGGGGUGGGUGGCAUCGCUUUGCAGUAGUUCCAGUCCUACUCGGAUGGUCAUUCCCAGAGGGUGUUGCUUGGGGAAAGCUUUUCAGCCCUAUGGAAGCUUCAAUGUGUUUAACAGCUACAUGAAAUCACUGGUUGGGGUCAUCCGGAGGUUUGGAGUACAUUGUCAGCAGAAUGCUGAUGACACUCAGCUCUAUUUCUUCUUAUACCUGCAGGUGAGGCAGUAGAAGUGCUGGACCAGUGUCUUGCCUCGGUAAUGGACUGGAUGAGAGCCAACAAACUGAAGCUCUGUCCAGAUAAGACUGAGGCACUGUUAGUGGGUGGUUCCCUAGACAGGGUGGGUGGGAGAUCGCCUGCUUUUGAUGGGGUUACACUUGGGAGUACUCCUGGAUCCCUUACUGUCGCUUAAGGCUCAGGUGGCCUCAGUGGCACUAAGUGCCUUUAAUCAGCUUCAGCUGGUGGCCCAGCUACACCCCUAUCUGAAUUCAGCUAGUGCAGAAUUCAGCAGCCAGGUUGCUCACUUGAGCAAGAUGGUUUGAGCAUAUUACACCGAUCCUGUUCCGACUGCACUGGUACCAAUUAGUUUCCAGUUCAACACUUUCCAAUUCAAAGUGUUGGUUUUGACCUAUAAAGCCUUAAGCGGCUCAGGACCACAAUACCUCAAGGAUCGCCUUUUUCCAUAUGAACCUACCCAGACCCUGAGAUCAUCUUCUGAGUCCCUUUUUCAUCUGCCUCCUCCUUGAGAGGUCUGGAGGGUGGCAACACAAGAACGGGCCUUUUCUGCAGUGGCUCCCCAUCUGUGGAAUGCUCUCCGAAGGGAAGUUCGCCUGGCACCUUCAUUAUACACCUUUAGGUGCCAGGCAAAAAUGUUCCUUUUUAAAUAGGCCUUUGGUUGAUUUGAUUGACAUCCUAUGCCCUUUUAAAAUGUGUGGGGGUUUUUGGGAGGGCUUAUUGGGUUGUUUUUAUUUUGAUUAUGUAUUUUGUGGUUUUAUAUUCUGAUUUUAUUCUGUGAACUGCCCUGAGACCUGUGGGUAUGGGACAGUAUAUAAAUUCAAUUAAUAAUAAUAAUAAUGUAAGUUCCACAAAGAUUAAGAUUAUGAAUAUGAAUAUUUUAGACUGCAGUAUUUACUGUAACAAAGACAGAAAUAUCUAUGAUAGCAGUCUUUAGUGCAAUAAAAGACAGAAAUAUUGGAAUUGUGUUAAAGCACAAAGAGGGGGGGGACUCUUCUGAUGGGUUUUGCAGAUACAAUUGGUUAAUGGGGAUGAGACUUAAAUUCUCCCACACUAGCACAUGAAUCCCAGUGUUUUCCCUCUUUCCUCUUCCUUGUUUAAAUCGUCAGCUUGGACAUUAUUCCUUAUGUUAAAAUAAUCCUAUCACAGUAUGCCUUGGCUACUGGUGCAAUCUGCUCGUGGCAUUAACAUAAACUUUCAAUCUUGUUAUGUAUGGAGGAUAUCAGGACAGGUGCUGGGCUAAACAGGACAGGUGCUGGGCUGUAUUGCAUAACAGGACAGGUGCUGUAGUUUUGUAUUGCAUAUACAAGCUUCAGGUUCAUAUGCUCCCCUUUCCCUUCCCAUUCUUUGGUGUGGCCUUUAGGACAAGAUUAGAAGCAAAAGCUUUCAACUAACCACAGAAUUUGUUUGCCUGAACUGUAAACUGUGGUUAGUGUCAACUAUGUUUCAUGGCAAGCAGGGAGAGCAUUGCUGGAUCUCAGAACUGUUCCAGCUCACGAUCUUCAUUAGCUUUGCUCUGUGCCCUCCUUGAAUGCAUUUGCCAGUCUGGAAUGUGCCUUGAUACUUUACCUUGAUGGAGGAUGAAAGAUUUUGUGGGAUUGUGGUAGUUAGGAAUCAGUGACUUUUGUGUGGCUGAACUAUCGCCUAUGGUAAGAGUCAUAUCCUUUGCCCCAUCAUCCAUAUUUGCCAUAUUCACUGACCACUGACAUGUGGCCCCAGGAAGGGUGUAUGUGAGGGAAUGUGGCCCUUGCAUUGAAAAAAGUUACCCAUCCCUGGAUUAGAGGAACAAAGCAGGAUCACUAACCAUUGUUUGAAUGCCAACCAAGGUUUGGACAUAAUGAGUAACUGGAGUUAGUUGAAAACAGAUGUGAAAGGCUUCGAUCCGCUUGCAGCUGUGAUACAGUUUAAGCAGGGAUCGGGAGGGGGAGUGUGAUCCUAAGUCUUGUUAAGACUCUGACUGUGGUUUAGUGUUGCAUCCAUAUGCAGUCACUUUCAAGCUCUACAAUUCUAUAAAUGUAGGAAAGAAACAGAGAUAGCAAAGUCAUAGCUGUAAAUCGAGCUGCACAUAAUCAGGUAUUAUUGUUAUUAUUAUUUGAGGUAGGUAGCCGUGUUGGUCUGACGCAAUAGAAAUAUAUAUAUAAAAAUAAAAAAUUUGUCCAGUGGCACCUUAGAGACCAGAUUCUUGCGUGCACACAAAAGCUCAUAUCAAGAACAAACUUAGUUGGUCUCUAAGGUGCUACUGGACACACACACACACAUAUAUUUACCCCACCCAGCUGGCUGUGUCUCCCCAGCCACUAUAGGCAGCUCCCAGCAGAAUAUUAAUAAUAAUGAUAAAAAAGUGAUAUAACAUCACUCAUUAAAGCGCAGUAGAGGUUCAUAUUGGACUAUCCUAGGACUAAUUUCUGUGUUUUGAAAAUUGGUAAAAUAUGCCUUAAUUAAAGAUUGAUACAGUAGAGUAUUAAGAAGAAAGGCCAAGGUCUUCAGGGUAAAAUGCAGGGAGUCCUGAAACAGAGUAUUAUAAUUAUCAGCAAUGAAAAACGCUAGGUUAUUUAUCUAAUCAUAUUAGCGAUACAGAGCUACAGUUUCCACAUACUUAUAAGCAUCGGUCAGUUUUGUAUUACUUGCAACCUCACAAGGAAAGGAAAGGUCUAGGCAUUGUCAGCCAGACAAUUAAGAAUUGUACUCAAUGUACAGUGGUGGUCAGAGAAGUUAAUAAGAUACAAGGCUGAAUUAAGAAAGAACAAUUCAAAGUGUGAAAAAGAUAACAUGAGAGCAAUUAUGCACACUGAUAUAUUAUUAUCACUUUUAAUAUUUCAUAUUUUCAACAUCUGAUCUGGAAAAGCCAAAAGCCAAAAAGAAACAGAAAGAUCCAAAGAAGCUCAAAUAAACUAAUUUGUUCCGGAUAGAGGGAAGUGAAAAGAUGAACAAAUUGGAAAUCAUACAGAAGCAAUAUAAUAUGGGGUGAGAAUAGGGUGGGUGCUUAGCUCAAAUGAAAAGAGCUUGUGAAAAGAAGGCAGAGAAUAAUUGGUCACUAUCCCCUUUGUGGAUAAUAAAUGCAACAAUAGGAUUACAUUACAGAACAUAGAUUUAUCUUCAUCAUUAGGAAAGCAAUGCUGCACAGCAGAAUUUCUUCAGCGAGAUAAACUGCCAAGUAAUCUAUUUGCUGGAUGAUUUUGAAGGAUAGGUGCAGACUUUUGUUCUCCAGGAAUGACUUAGGAAUAAUGUUGUGAUUUAAAAAUGUCUUAAAUUUGUCAGUUCUUUAUUGAAUUUCUAAAAGUCUGGAUAAGUUGAUCAGCUCCAGCUGUCCCACGGAGGACUCUUGUUUUGUGGAAAGAAGCCAGACUUUGGAAACACAAGCUGGAUUAUGUUUCAUAAGCAGAGGAGGAACCAAGAGGGCUGGCCUGCCCAUAAGGUGGGCUAAGGUAGUGCUUCAGAUGGCAGAAACCUAGGAGGCAGUGCCACUGUGGGUGCCCCGCUCACCUCUCUACCUCCCCUGCUGGUAGAGAAGCAGCUCUGGCUUCCAGUGAGAUCUCACCAAGCUCUGCAAGAUCUUGCAAGUUCACACUGGAAUCGUCACUAACACCAUUGCUUUGUGGGUGCUUCAGUAAGAGUGAGGUGGUGGGGGCAGCAAGUUGGUGGGGGCACGUUCCUUCCUCAUCUCAGGUGGUGAAGCAGGACACGCCGCCCCGGGAACCAGCACCAUUUUCUUUGAGAAAUGUUUAUUGGAAUAUUUUGAAAUAUCUGCCAUUUCAGAAAACAUUAAUCCAAAUCAUGAAAUGUUGAUUCUUUCACCAGAAAAAUAUUAAUAAUUUUAUUCAUUCAUUCAUUGAUUGCUUGUGAUUUGUUGAUAACUACAAUUAUUUUCUCCUCUCUUUUAUUCCAUCCCUAGGAAUUCUUUCAUAGACAUUUUACGGGCUAUUCUGCUGUCCUUAGAAGUUCUCAUUGAAGACCAAGAGCUUCAGAUAAAUGGCUUCGUUCUAAUUAUAGACUGGAGUAAUUUCUCCUUCAAGCAAGCUUCCAAAUUAACACCUUCUAUCCUCAAACUGGCCAUUGAAGGGUUACAGGUAUGUGGAAUGGGGAUAUUGUGUACACAAUGCCCUGUGAAUAAUGUAGGGUCAGGGUGGGUACCAGGAGCUGGUCAGUAAUAACACACACGGUGUCAGUGAAGUUGACUCCUUAUUCAAAGAAACAAGCAGCUCAGGUGGACAGGCCUAGUGAACAAGGCAACUCUUCCCAGUAGAUCUUGCCCCAAUGAGGCAGUUGGGAGGACUGAAGGUCCCCACCUUUCCACAGUUGCCUAAGCCUCCUCCUUCCCCAGGUCCUUUCCAAGCAAUCUGAGACUCCAACAAUGUCUCUGCUCCAUCCUCUUCAUACCUCUACUGAUCCUGGGAGACCAAGGGGUGGGGGAUCUGGUUGCAGCAGACAGGGAGACCCCUGGCUUCUUCAACAGCCUGUCUGAUCCCUGCCCCUUGGCCCCACCCCUCCUCUCCACCCUCUGCUUCUGCCUUUGAUUCUGGACUGCUCUCUGCCAUAGCCACUUCCUGCUCACUAAACCCUGUUAAGUCUUCAGCUUCCAAAACUUCCUCCUCUCACCUCUGCUCCCACCUCUGCUCCCUCUUCUCUCUCUGAACACUCAGCUCAUCCCACCACCACUCCCCAGGCUCUGAGCCUUCCCCUGAGGGUUCCCUUGCCAGUCAAUGACAUGUGGGUAUGCUGAUUGCCGGAGGCGUACUGUGUUUUAUAUAGCAUGGAGAGAGGAAGGAAAAAUCAGUAAGAAAAGAAUAAUCAUUUGAGUAAAUGAGCUUUAAGCCAGUCAGAAUUUCAAAUGUUUGUUUAUUGCUUUCAUUUAAAUGGUGAGCUAUUCUUACCACAGGCCUGUCCUACUUACUGCAGCAAUUAAGAAUAAUGUUUAGAGAUUUGUGAUUUAAUCCACAUGAUACUUCCUGGAGAUUAAAAACUUGCAACAUCUGCCUGAUGAAACACAUGCCAAGCACAUGCAGGGCCUAUGCAUAUGUACUGAAUGUGGAUUAAUAAGCCCCCAGAGACACAGCUGAGCACCAGAGACUUUGCCUGCAUAGCCAAAAGCCCAGUUGUGUGUGUGUUUGUGUGUUAGUUAAUACAGGCUAUUAAAAUCGAGCAGAAUAGGGUAUGUUGCUAAUGUCUGAAGCGGGAGAUUUAUGGGCAAACUGAAAAUUCUGGGAAUAGAUCUUGUGGUUUAUACCUUACCUCAGGUUUGAUCUCUAAAAUGGGUUCCACUACUGUAUUUAUUUGUUUUUUGUAGGCAAUUUCUCUCAGUGUGGAAUUUAAGUUUGAAUGUGUACAUUUGCUUCUGAAUAGGCAUGAAUAGAAAUGUUCUGUAAGUUUUCCAGAGCAAAGUAUGACCCAAUGAGCUCUGCUCACCCACGGGGAUGGUGAUAAUAAUAAUAAUAAUAAUAAUAAUAAUAACAAUAAUAAUAAUAAUUUUAUUGAUUUAUAACCUGCCUAUUUGGCUGGGUUUCCCCAGCUACUUAAACAGAAUAUUAAAAACACUUUAAAACAACAUUAAAAACUUCCCUAAACAGAGUUGCCUUCAGAUGUCUUCUAAAAGUCAGAUAGUUGUUUAUUUCCUUGACAUCUGAUGGCAGGGCAUUUCACAGGGCAGGCACCACUACCGAGAAGGCCCUCUGCCUGGUUCACUGUAGCCUCAUUUCUCGCAGUGAGGGAACAGGCAUAAGGCCCUGGACCUCAGUGUCCAAGCUGAACGAUGGGGGUGAAGAUGCUCCUUCAGGUAUAUUGGGCUAAGGCUGUUUAGGGCUUUAAAGCUCAGCACCCAUUGCCCUCCAGAUAUUGUUGAACUCCAGCUCCCAUCAGGCGCAAAGAACAUGACCAGGAAUGAUGGGAGUUGUAGACCAAAUAGCUUGAAGGGCACCUCUGAUGUAGAGCUAUCUACUCAGCCUGGGAACAAAGACUAAAUUGCAGGAUUGAUUGUAUUUUGGAAUGUGGAUGCCUUUCAAGCGCCAAGAAACGUCAGCAAGGCCUAAGGAAGUGAAGCCCACCAGAUCCUCUCCUGUGUAUAGUGUAAACAGUUACUUUUAUGUACUUAUUUCCUAAAUUUUGUACACUGCUUGAUUGUAAAAACCCGCUUACAAAAAGAAUAAAACAGUAAAAUUACUGGCAAAAACAACCAUUUGUAAUAUUUGAAAAGAUUAAAAUCAGCUAUAAGCUGACAGCAGAUUAAAACACACAUCAGCAUUCUACAUAUCUGGGUAGGCUUGUUUAAACAAAAAAUUAAUAAAUGUUUUUAGCAGGCACCAAAAAGAGGGCAGUGAAGGCACCUGCUAAAUGUCAAUAGGAAGGAAGUUCCAAAGUGUAUGCCAACCCCACUACCCAUAGAGGUGAUAUUUGGUUCAAGAUGCAUGUUAAUGUGAACUUAGGCAAUGCACACUUCCUGAAAUGUAGCCAUCCUCCAAAAUGCACACUACUUUGAAUUCUGCAGUGUUCUUCAAGCCCAAAAUAUGCAUGUAAAUGCAUAUAUUAGGGGGAAAUGUGCUUAAAAAUGGAUAUACUAGUAGAAAAUGACAUAUACAAAUGCACUAUAUUAUGGAAGAUUGCUUGGGGGGAGAACUGGUAUACUGGGCAUUAAAACGUUGCAGAAAUAUGUUGUAUUUCCAAAAAUGUAAACUGAUCCAGAAGUGUUGCAAACUGAACUUGGCAUUAGAAAAACGAGCUAAUGAGAAAACAAAGCUAACAUAUUUGUCCACCCCUAACUGUUUGCAAUGCUUGUAUUGAGCUUUGACGAUAACUCAAGAUGUAAUAGCAAGCGAUGGGUUUAAAUUUAUUAUUACAACCUCUCUUGGCUUCAGACAAUGGAAUAGCUAAGACUCUGCUUUAUUGGUUAAGUGCUCUCACAUCAUAAUAGGCAAUUACCUGGAAGUGCUACUAUUUAAGACCUUUACACUAAGAAAUUCACUUUCUUUUGAUGUUUAGAAUUCCAUGUCUCCAGAAUAACUUCUCCUAGCUGGUUACAGAAGUCAACAAAAUGCUUAUUUAUUCAUUACAUUUUCAACUAUUUAUAGGCAGUCCCAUAACAGGAAAUCCUCUCAGGGUUUUAUUACAAAAUAAAACAAGAAAAUUAUUAAAGGCCACAGUAGACAAAAUGUAGGGAAUAAGAAGACACCAAUUAGGAUCAAAGCAGAUAAAUUCAAAGCAGAGAGUCAAUGACUAAAAUCUACAGGCCGUAAACAAUAAUAACAGCCACAAUUUAAAUUAAAAUGGAGAACAAAAAGGGUUUUCCCGGUGCCAAAAAGGCAUCAGAGUAGAUGCCAGACAAGGCUCUCAGGCGAUCCCAGUGGGGUGUCAUCACGGCUCUCCCCCCCCCCCACGCUGGGCCCCAUGCCCCCGGGACACACGCCAGCCCCGCCCUCGCCUGCUCUCCACCCCCCCCCCCCUGGUGCCGGAGAAUGAAGCUCUGCCACUGGAGAUGGCAUUCCACAAAUGGGAGCCACUACUGAAAAGGUCCUUUUGCUCAUAGCCACCAAGGGCCAUAGAUGAUUAUGUCAAGCUACAGAUGUGAAGUGGUGAUUCUUCAGGUACUGAGGUCCCAACAAGGAAGGGCUUUCAAGGGGAAAAGACCGAACAGCACUUUUAAUUGGGCCUGUAAAUGAACUGGUAGUCAGUGAAGAUGGCAAAAUACUGGCAUAAUAUGUUUAUACCAGUUUGCAUCCAUGUUCUGCCCUAACUGAAAUUUCUGGACUAUUUUCAAAUGCAACUGCAUGUGCAAUGGGUUGUGAGAGGCAUAGUUCACUGUCAAGUUAGGUAGUAGCUGGCCUUCCAAACUAGGCUGGUAGAAUGCAAUUCAAGCCACAGAGGUCACUUGUGUCUCCACUGGCAAAGAUGGGUCAUUAAGUACCCUCAGAUUACGAACCUAACUAAUCCUUUAGGUGGAGUGCAUCCCCUCCAGAACAGGAUUUAUUUGUUUUAUUUAUUAACUUUAUAUACAGUGGUACCUCAGGUUACAUACACUUCAGGUUACAUACGCUUCAGGUUACAUACGCUUCAGGUUACAGACUCUGCUAACCCAGAAAUAGUGCUUCAGAUUAAGAACUUUGCUUCAGGAUGAGAACAGAAAUCGUGCUCCGGCGGCGCGGCAGCAGCGGGAGGCCCCAUUAGCUAAAGUGGUGCUUCAGGUUAAGAACAGUUUCAGGUUAAGUACGGACCUCCGGAACAAAUUAAGUACUUAACCUGAGGUACCACUGUACUGCCCUUCUUCUGAACAUCUCAGGAAGGUUUGUAAGAUAAAAAUACAGGAUAAAUAAAUAGAUAGAACAAACGCAAAAUGAAACAAUAACCCCCCCUCCCACAAACACAUUUAAAAGGCCAUAGAAUAUUAAAUAGCCAAAGGCCUGGUUGAACACCAUUCAUCUAGGCAGAUAAACCUCCCAUUAACACUACCUCAUUCUUGCUUGGACUGAGCUUCAGGUUUGGGGCCCUCAUCGAAUCUAUUACUGCAGCUAGUAAAAGACUAGCAUUUCCACUUCCCCAACUGGCUUUGAUGAAAAAGAGAAAUUGAGUUUGGUGGCAUCCACAUACCACUAAUAUCACACACCAAAUCUGGAUCAUUCCAUUCCGUGUUCAACAUAGCUACAGUGGUACUUCAGGUUAAGUACUUAAUUCGUUCCAGAGGUCCGUUCUUAACCUGAAACUGUUCUUAACCUGAAGCACCACUUUAGCCAAUGGGGCCUCCUGCUGCCACCGCGCUGCCGGAGCACAAUUUCUGUUCUCAUCCUGAAGAAAAGUUCUUAACCCGAGGUACUAUUUCUGGGUUAGCGGAGUCUGUAACCUGAAGCGUAUGUAACCUGAAGCGUAUGUAACCCGAGGUACCACUGUACUAGGAAUGACAUACACACUAGACAGGAUCAGGCCAUUCUCUGAAUGGAGAGAUGUAGAAGGACUGGUACUGAGAAACCUUUUCACAAAUGAUCUACAGUUUGGAGUGAGCAGUGAGGUUGCCAAGUUUGCUGAUGGUACUAAAUUGUUCAGGGUAAUUGAAACAAAAAGAGAUUGUGUGACGAGCUCCAAAAGGACCCCUGAGUGAAUGGUUGGCAAAAUGGCAAAUGCAAUUCAAUGUACUGUUUAAGGAGAGGCAGUUCCAAAGGAUGGGUGCCACCACACAAAAGGCUUGAUUCUUACAUUAUGUAAAAUGGACUUCCUGAUAGUAUCUGAAGGAAGCCCUCAGCCGUGCUGUAUAAAAGGAGUGAGAUAAUCUUUUAGGUAUUGGAAUGUGGCCAUUUGGUCCUCCCUGCUCUUGUUUCUGGAAUAUAACAUGCCUAUGUCUUUUUAAAAAAAGCUGGCUGUGUUCAGAGAAUUCUAUACAUUUCAGAUGUUCCAUAUGAACCUCACAUUACUAGGUUCAUUAUCAGGUUCAUUAUCACAUUACUAGGUUCAUUGGUUGGCUGGUUUGAAAGCAAAAUAUUUGAAACUACUAUCAGACAAAUAUAUCUAAUCAGUCACAAUGUUGCUCAUUGCAAUCCAUUUCUCUGCCUACAGCAGGGGUCAGCAAACUUUUUCAGCAGGAGGCCGAUCCGCUGUCCCUCAGACUUUGGGGGGGGGGGCGGACUAUAUUUUUUUUUGGGGGGGGAGAACGAAUUCCUAUGCCCCACAAAUAACCCAGAGAUGCAUUUUAAAUAAAAGCACACAUUCUACUCAUGUAAAAGCACGCUGAUUCCUGGACCAUCCAUGGGCCAGAUUUAGAAGGUGAUUGGGCCGUAUCCAGCCCCCAGGCCUUAGUUUGCCUACCCAUGGCCUACAGAGUCCAUUCUAUACAGAUAUAUAUCUUUUGCAUGCAUAAGUUUCAAGAAGAUAUCCUAAGUAUUUGGAAGUAUUUGUUUGCUAUGUCAGCAUUGUUUCAAAGCAUUUAUGAAGCCAGUUGUAUUGAAGAGCUAAACUAGAAACUAGUUAAAGCUAUUGUGGAGAGUGUUGUGGUACCAGCUGAAACAAGGUCAGUUUGACAUAUUCCCCAGACACUUGAGCCGUCUGUUUCCAGCAGCUGUUGUGUUGUAAGGUAGAGUGGAGCUCUCUCUGAGCUGUCAGUCAAAGUGACCUUUGAAAGGAAACUAAGGAUCUACUCUUUAUGUAGAGAAUAAAGGAGUAGGAACAGACUUUGUUUUCGCCAAGAGAAGGUCCAUGUUGGUUAUCCAUCUGCCAUUGCAUGGAACCAAGAUGAAACGAAGAAAAAAAGAAAAGAUUUCAGACAAUAGAUUCACUUUUGUUCCUUGGAGAUUGGGGCAGACUACUUAGAAAAUUUGCACACACUCUCAAACACACAGCCCUGAUCCUAGGCUGAAUAUGUGUAGAACAUAAUUCAGGAUCACAAAUUUAAUUGCUGAAUUUUAACAAAAUUCUACCCCUCCUCUUUCCCCAGCUUAGGUGCUUACUACCGCUUGGCAAAUUAGUGGACACCAACAGUAACUCUGCUGCUGGCUCCUUUACUUGAGAAAGCACAUGCACACCAUUUGAAUGGCAAUGCCCAUUGGGGGGGAAACCCCCCAAAAUAUUUUAUUGGGGGUGGCAGAGGGACCUCAGAAGCUCCUAUGCUUCUGAGGAAGUCCAUUCAAACAGUUUUUCCUGUGAAAAGGUUUUUCCUGAUGUUUAUAUGGUCAAACUUUCAUUUUCCUCUUUCCUACUUUAUCACUUUCUUCCAAAGCUGUAUUUGAAAAUGCCCAUUGGCACAAUUGUAUAGAAUUAUACAAGAGAACUGUUAAUAUAAAAGAAUAAAUGGUUUAAUGAAGCCCAAUUCAGAUUAAUACCUGUGGUCUAACCUGAUUAGCUUAUUACAUCAAUCUAAUGCUUCCAGUCUAUUAGAAAUGCUGUAUGAAUAUUAAUGAGAGUCCUGAGGUCUUUGAACAGAAAGAACAACAUUUUUUUUUGCACUUUCAAGAAUCAGAAAGGUAUGAUUUGGUUACUUUUGCAAGGGCAUUUGUUAACAAUAUCAAUAAACCUGCAAAAAUCAGAGGUCAUUUUCAAGCUUGCAACUCUACCAUUUGGAGGUGAAUCUCAGCAUUAAUUUGUAACAUGCAUGUUUACAGGGAGUCGACUCUGGAAAAUGGCUGGAGUGCAUCUUUGGGGACAGCCUUCAUGUCAAAAAUAAAAAUGCUUACACAUGAAAGUGUGUUGCUGAUAUCAGGCACACACUUAACUCAUUCAAUGUCAAAUCCCAUAAAAAUAUUAAGUGCUAUUUUUCUAGGUAAGGAGGUGCUGGAAACUCACUGUGAACACCCUCCCUUGUUCUCUUAUAAUGGUAAUGGCACCCCCCCCCCGAGAGGUGCUGGAACUGAGUCCCUGCAAGUUCUGGCUGAAAAAAGCCCUGAAAAUAUCCAGACCUGAGCUUAUGAUCCCCUUUGAGCAACUUGUGUGUUUGUAGCACAGACAUUUAUUUUAAACAGGAUGCAGAUUUGGCAUCUGUACUGGGAUCCACAGAAGCCCUGGAGGAAAGCUACAACUCCCAAGGGUAUGUGGCACCCUUGAUGUUCCAGGCACCCAAAAGGAGAGGAAUCUUCUUUCUUCCUGCAGCAACAACCAUCAAGUAAAUAUAUUGUUACACACCACACCAAUCUCCACAGAGCAGUACAUGAGACUUCAGGGGUUCCUGGUGCUCACUCAGGGUUUGUGUUUUCUUCAGAAAACCAGGCACAACAGAGACUGUAGUGUCUUUAAGAUAUAUGGUUUUAUUUACACGUAUAUACAACGUGAACCUCAGCACCCCAAAACACACCAGCUUAUUCCAUAGUAGCAGCAUCAGAAUCCUUUGCUCUGCUGAGCACAUCCAAUAUUCGUCAUACGCAGACUAGACCUGUUGAAUUGAAUGAACAUGAUUAUCAUAGGUCCAUUGAUUUCAGUGGGUGUCUUUUGAGUAAAACUUAGUUGCAUACAGUCCAGUCCUUUUGAAUGUGCAAAUUGUUGGGAUUCACAGGAUGCUGUGUAAGAAAGUCUGCAGGCUUCAGUUUGCCAGUGGAUGCAACAGGCUGAUGCAACACUUUAUGUGAAGGUGCUGGGUCAGAAUGACUCAGCAGUAAUGUGCUGGCAGUUGAUUGGCUGUCAUCUGUUUAAAAGGGAAGCCUGUCCAAUAGUGGUGGUGGUGGUGUAGAUGAGUGUGGAGUCUUCUUUUGCCUCAAGGUGCAGCCAGGUACUCUGUCUGAUUAUAUGAACUGCUUCUGUAGAUAUUUGUAUAUAUAUAUUUAGCUCACAAUAAUGAAUACUGCACUAAAGAACCUGGGACUCUGAGCAUUCUGCUAAAAGCGCCGCGAGGAAUUUGCAACACAAAUAUGAAAUGAAUACAUUGGGAGUCAUGUGAACGCUAUGCUGACUUUCUACUUGCUGGGAACUCUUGUUCCCCAAGGAAGCAUUCAAAAGUGGCAUAUCCCAUUUUACCACUUCACUUCAUUCUGAUACAUAUGUGGGCUCAGCUUUAUGCUGCCAGAUAAACGUUUUCAGGUGUAAGAGUGAACCAUGCCUCCAAUUUAAAUUCUGGAAGUGGGGUGGUGGGGAACCCUGUGCUUGAGCUAUAGGAAGUUUUGGAAUCACUGUUUUGAAGAAGGCGUAAAAGUCUUGCAUUUCUCACAUGACACAAAAUGAGCAGUCUUGCGAACACACCCUUUAAAGGCAAAAGCGUCAUGGAGCAGAACGGUUCGUGCCACCAUUUCUUUAAACCAUCAGAUUAUGCAGAUUUCCUCCUGUUGAAGUAUUAAAUAUUAAUAAGCUUCCUGUCAGGAGACAGCACUUGAAGGAAAUUUAUGGUAGUUUGCGUUGCCAAAGGCCCAGGAAAACAUACUGUUUUGUGUGUUUUAUUGCUGUACCUGUCACUUUCUCAACAUAAUAUUUCAGUGCUUAAGUACUACUCUUAAGUGUUCCUUUCUAAAAGGAUGACACCUUCCAAGGGCUUCUCUUUACGCAUAAACUGUUGGGAGAGAGAGGACAUUUGAAUGUUGAAAAUUUAUAAUUUUUAAAUGACAAAGGGAAAAUAAAGGUGCACACAAAUUAAGAUGAUUUUUAAAAAAUAUAGCUCAGCCUACACCCCCUCAUCAAUGGCUGCUAAUAAUCUAAUAUUCUACAAUGCUUGUGGAAACCAUAUGGCAAGCAGCCAUUAGGGAGACCAUCCCUGUCAAACCCACUCAGCCCAGGUCAGAGGAAAGUGUAUCCUCAUGGACCAUGUUUUACUGAUCCUAACAACUCAGUCAGUAGAGCAUGAGGCUUUUAAUCUGGGUCGUGGGUUUGAGCCCCACAAUGGGCAAAAGAUUCCUGCAUUGCAGGGGGUUGGUAUAGAUGGCCCUCAUGGUCUCUUCCAACUCUACAGUUCUGUGAUUCUAUGAAAGCCUCCUAUAUGUCUAAUGAAAUCUUCGCUUGAGUCAGAAUUCCAGAAUUUUGCUCCUGAGAUGAGAUGAAAUGCUAAUGGGAUUUCUAAUGCUAAUGGGGUAGCAGACAUUCGCAUAACAUUUUCCAAAUGUCACUCCAAUCAGUUUCCAGAUUAGUCAACGUUAUUGUCGUUGAAUAAGAACAGCUUUGUGUUUUAUGUUUGCUAAAGCUAAGGAUUACACUGAAACUUCUUCAGGCCAUAAGGCAUUUGUUUCAUUCACUCCUCCACUCCCUUGCAGCCUGGAUUUCAUUUCAUGCCUGGCAUAUUUUAAACAUUUCCCCAUCCGUUGCCCAACAACUGACUUAUAUUAUUGGAGAGCGAGGGGAGGGGAGCCUUUUAUCAGCCUGAGGACCACAUUCCCCUGUGGGCAGCCUUCCAGACAUGGGUGUGGUGAGAGGCAAACAUGGAGGGAACCUUUGUACAAGUGACAGCACCCAGGUGUUCAGAUAGACAAGUUUGCACUAAAUAGCCUUCAGAAUAAGGCUGUCAGUGACUACUACUGAUGACUAAAUUAUACCUCCAUGGUCGGAGUUAUCCUGAUCAUGGAGGUAUAGUAGCCUCUGAAUGCCAAUGGCUGGCCUGGGGAACAAUAGCAUGAGAGCACCAUUUCCCUUCUGUCUUGUUAGUGGGCUUCCUGGAGGCAUCUGGUUGGCUGCUACAGGGUAUAGGUUGCCGUGACUACAUAAGCCUUUGAUCUGAACCAGCAGGACAUCACUGUGACCAGAAUGCAUCCUAUUCAGUCUCACCAGAUGCCUAGCCCUAACCUUGCUGAGGCCUUGACUUGUUUCCCACUUCGUUGAGGCUUUGAUGUGUGGUGAAGAAAGGGUGCAACAAGAGAAAAGUCCAGUGCCUUCUCCCUCACAAAUUGUCUAUGUGCACUUGUAGUCUGCCUGCACACUCUGCCCUUGUGCAUGCCACUGCUGCUACUUACAUGCUCAUGAUCCACAGAUGCUAUGAUUAAAUUGAGGCCACAUGGAUCAAAGUCCUGAAGCAGAAUUCCUAAUAAAAUUGGAAGAUGGGAUAAGACGACUGCGGCGGGAAAAUGUUCACCUUCUUUUGACUGGGAGAACCAUAUUCAUGAGCAUGCCCUCUGUGCUGUUGGUUUCAAGAGUGGAUUGAAUUUUCCUUAUAAUUUAUGAAUGGGUGGCCACAGAAUUGCUUAGCUCUGGCAUUUGUUCUAAAUGGAUAAUAGCUUCUUUUUACCAUUGAUCCAGCGAGGAUAGAUCUGUUUGCCACGGGACAUUUGUUGUUCACAGUGUCCUUUCCCUUUGCUUUGAAGGUUAGUAUGCGUCAUACAUGAUAGGAAUAUGAAACUUCUGUAUUUGAUGGGCAAAAAGAAAGAAAGGCUAAUAAGGGAAAAUGUUCCUAAAUCAGAUUGAGGUAAAAGUGGAUCUCCAAAAUAUUUAUAAUAAACGAAUUAUUGCAUUUAUAACCCACCUUUCCUCUCAGGAGCUCAGUGUGACAUACAUGGUUCUCCUGCUCCUUUUCCUUCCUCACAACAGUACCAGCAGUGACUGGCCCAAGAUCUCCCAGUGAACUUCAUGGCUGAGUGGGUGUGCUGUAGAAUGGACAUACAAAGUAAAUAGCCUUAAGUAAUUUAGUUCCUAAGGGAAAUUGUGUGCUUUUAAUGCUUAAAAGGAGGUAGUGAGGAAAACCUUUCUUCUUCUAAGUACCACUGGAUCUUCUGAGGCACUCUGAUCACCACUGAGGAAAAUGAAGCUACAGUGCUCACUGCAGUAAUAAAGUAGAUAUAAAAGAAAAUUGUAUAUUAGAUAGCCAAGUCAUGCCCAGAAUAUUAGUUCUGUGGGAAAUCACUAAUGUCUUCAGUGGAUAUUUGUUUCUAGGACUCUAGACUAUGACACUGGGUAAAUUUGCGCAUUUCUGUAUAGAGUGGUACCUUGGUUUAAGAAUAGCUUAGUUUAUGAACAACUUGGAUUAAGAACGCUGCAAACCCAGAAGUAGGUGUUUUGGUUUGUGAACUUUGCCUUGGAAGCAGAACAUAUUCUGCUUCCUGUUGAGUGCGUUCUAUUUGUAAAUUGAGUACCCCACUGCUAUGGGAAAGCACGCCUUGGUUUAAGAACACUUUGGUUUAAGAAUGGACUUCCGGAAUGAUUAAGUUCGUAAACCAAGGUACCACAGGGAAAAGCAGUAUAUUUGGAAGAAGAAGAAGAAGCAGCAAUGUUAAAACAGGGCAUAUUCUUCGUUCUUAGGGUCCUAGUUUAAUUGAGUUCACCCAGACUAGAAAGAGCUUGCUGGCUUCAGCUGUUGUACGGUUCACUGUAGUAUCACUGCUGGAUCUGACUCUGGUGGUCUCCCUGCCUGCACAAUCCUCUCUUGCGGACUUCAGGCAAUACAAGAUCAGCCUUCAGUGUCAUUUCCAUUUCAAUGGAUGAUUAUUUUGUUCUUCCCAAGGCUGAAACAGAGUGUAGGUGGCAUUUAUAAUAUACUUUCUGGAUGCUACAUUUGUUUCCCUAGAGACAGAGCUCAAAAACAGAAACCAAAAAAAGGGUAAAGUUCUUCAAGAGCAUUUGCUACUCUCUUUUCAUCAAGAUACUGUACAGGCAGUACAUUAAAAUGCUCUAAUAAUGCCACAUUUCCCCACACAAAAUAACAAGGCCUUCUCUUUAUAAAGAUGUACUUGAGAAGGGGUUGCAAUGUGUGGGUGGCAAAGAGCAGCCUGCAAUUGUUCUGCUGCGAUGGCACCUUGAAAAGGAACUGCCCAAAUGGUAGCGUAACCAUAAUUGUUUCUUCCUUCUCAAAUAACUUUCGGAUAAAAUUGGUUCAAUUUAAAGAUAAAGCAAUGGCUCCACAACAAUACAAACUCUACUGCCGAAGCAGAAAAUAGAAAGAAAAUUGUGUCACACAAACAACAGGGUUGUUUGGUCCGUUAUAUUUAACAUUAAUAAUCUGGCAGAUAAGGGGCUUCCCCUUCAUGCGAAGACAGGCUCAGAUGGAUUGAGCGGACAAGACCAGCAGUGGGUCCAAAGGUCAAGAAGGUGGUUUCUGAACAUCCUGAAGAGGAAAGUGAGGGGCAGGUGGAAACCUGGAAAGAUAGCCCAUCUAGGAGAAGGAAAAUUCUGCUGCAUUGCAGGAUAUCUUCAGGAGAAGAAAAGGCUAAGAAAUAAACCCCACACAGGUUUGGAGUGGAGUCCCUAAGGCAGUUGGAUGGCAUCUUGUAUGCCUCUUUCUGGCAACUCCUGCAGCCAUGCUGAUGCUAAUCAUAUUGCCCAACAAAUAAAAUGGUUUAAAUGUCUGGUUUCAACCUGUCACUGAAAAGAUUGCAGUGUUUGUAGGGACCAGUUUUAUUUCUGUGGCAAGGAUAGUUAAUCUGAUGCCUUCAAUAUGUUGUUUGACUCCAAUCAGCCCCAACCAGCAUGGUGAUCGGACUUCUAGCCCAACACCUGAAAGGCCUCAGCUUUCCCCCACACUUGCUCUUUGGGAAAGGAAAUUCCAUAGCUACAAAAUAAAUGGGUAUUAAAGCCACAACCAGUGAGAUAAUUUGCUAGUGGGAAGUGGUGGCAAGCUGAAAGGAAAGAAGAAUUACCACCCUGAUCUGUUCCUAUUAGGAGGCAGUGAUGGAUGCCUGGUUUGUCUCAGUACCAAGCAAGCAUGUACCAGUAAUUGCUGACUUACCAGAUUCCUCUUGCACAGGCUUCUACUGGUAGUGAAGAUGAUUGUCAGGGAUAGACAGAUCAGGUCCAUGCCACUAUUACAUGAGUUCAUAAAUACAUAUUUCAAUACCUAUAUCUCAACCUAUUUUCUCCCAAAAGACCUAUUUCUUAAUGUACUGUGUUUCUGUUUUUGAGCCAAAACUGCAUCAGAGCAUCUGGGAAAGCUGGUGGAAACUAAGUUCUGAUCUGCACAUUAGUCUGAGAGGUGCAGAUCAGAUCAGAUCAGAAAUUCACAAAUUUUCUUUCCCCAAGCAGUCCAACUACAUGAGGAUUGCAGGGAGCAGAAAAUAUCAGGUCUGUGUGAGGUUCCUCUGUGUAGUGAAUUAUCUGAAGUUCCGCUUGGAACGUCUUCUUGUCAGUGGACCAUUUUAAUAACCUCUGUUACAAUAGAUUCUUGUUCUAUUAAGUGUCCUUAAAAAAAGUUUAUCUAAUUCAUUGCAAAGUCAUUUCUGAGUCAGAAAAGGGAAUGAGUCAUACUGUUCAAUUGCAUCAGCUACAUGGUUCUUUGAGUAUGCACAGUUACUUUGGUGAAAGCUUAAGGUCACUGCAUAUGGUUGCCAACAGCUCCAAAGUGAUUCUAAGACCAAACAACCAGAAAGUACCUGCUGCAUACUUAUCUGAUGCAUUUGUUCUUUGUAUUUUUGCCUUCAACUUUUAAGCUAAGAGAAAGAGCUGGGUUCUUUGACCAGUAAUUUUGUUCAUCAACCUGAAUGCUGAUAUGAAUAUUGGGCACACUUUUUUUUGUUUAACGAAACAUUGGAAAUGUGAUUGCAAAGGUGGCAUAGUUACUCACUGGCAUUUUGAAUGGACAAAAGGGUGUGUGUCAAAAGUCCAAAUACCAGAUGCCCUUCAUUUGUUAAUAUGUCAUGUUUAUUUGUUCAAAACAAAGUUGACCACAAAAAUGACACAUGUCCAGGAACAUCGGGGUAGACAAGAACCAGGGAAUCAAAAGUGAACAAUGACAACAGAGGUAAUGUUCAGAUUAAACUAAAAAGGCAAAAAGUUAUAAAUAUAUUUAAUGCUCUCCAUUCCCCCCGGUUUAUUUCCUGUCCACUGUCCACUUCCUGGUGGUUAAUCAAUAGUAAGUGUGCCAUAUAUAUAUAUAUAUACCCAUCUGUUUGUGCUGCCUGGCAGUCGCUGUCUUUUGCUGAGGCCCAAUCAAAGCAUGGGUGCUUGCUCUCCUGUUUCCACCUCCAUGAUCUCUUGGAAUAUUGAUUAACAAUCAUGUAUAGCCAUUUAUUUUUUGACCAGCCACCACAAAAUUGUACCUGCUGCUUCUCAGGAAUUCUAAGAAAUGAAAAAAAACAUUGCAGUUUUGAAAGGCUUAGUCCACCAUCUUGAUUCAAAAUGGUGUCCAGUUGUAUCCAAACACAGACAAAAACCUGCUCCUUGAUUUGGUUACCAUAUCUUUAAAAGUGUCCAAAUGCAUAGCAAACAGUCAAAAUAUAUAGUAGAUGCUGAUUUCAUAUUGUUCUGCAAAUGUCAGUGAAAAGGAGCACAUAGUUCUCUGAGUUCUAAACAAAUGCUCAAAGGUUGUGGUACAUGAAUACGGCAAUCAGAGGGAAUGGUCAAACAGUGUAUGAUUUACCAGCAUGGAGUCCAUAUCAGCAGCUUGCCAGUGAGCCAUCUGCAAUCAUGCAAAGAGGUGUGAGAAGAGGGAAGGGAAGGGAUACUGAUGUCACAAAAGCAGUAAGGAUGGUGUGUAUAUUGGCAGACUUGCUGCAGUUUUCUCUUCUAAACUUUCUAUGAUGCAAAUUCAUUGGGGGGGGGGGGAUUUCUUGAAGAUAGACUAACACCAGACUACUGUGAACCAAGAUGUGUGAGGUGGAAUUCACUGAAUCCCUUCUCCAACCUGGUUACUUUCAGAUUUUGGGUUACAGCUCCCAUCAGUCUCAACCAGUACAGCCAAUGGCCAGGGAUGAAGGGACUUGCAGUCCAAAACAUCUGAAGGUCAUCAGUAGGGGAAGUCUUCCCUGAGUGAUGCCCUCCACUUCCAGUACUGAAAGGAAGGUAUAGCAAGGCACCUUCCCUCUGUCUAUUGCUAUGCCAUCACCACUGGAAGUUUUAUCAGUUGAAUGAACUCACUGGCCAGCAUUGUAACUGCAACUACAAGCACAGUAAGGUGCUGUCAAGUUUAUACAUCCAUAUUAAACAUCAUAGCAAAGGGUGGAAAUGGAAUCAUAUGGAAUCACACUAGUCACAGUGAGUCUCUCCUUGCAGACAUUUCAAGCAGGUUCUAAAUCUCUGCCUGAAAUCUUCAGUGCAAAGGGACAGGUUGUUCUUUUAGUAUCCAAACACAAGUCAGGCCCUUGGGUUAUGAAGGUGAAUUUUGUUAUAAUGAUGGAACACAGCUUGCUGUCCUCUGCCUCUCAGAGGAGUCAAAGGGCUCAGAAGAAUGUUCCUCUCUUUGCAAUAUGAAAGAACCCAGGAUAUUGCUUAUUACCACAGGGAUUUCAUUUGCUAAAAGCAUAGCUUUCUACAUUUCAGAAAGACAGAAUUUCAGGCAUCACUGUUCAGUGUACCUCUUUCUGUUGUAAAUUACAGAGGGGUGAUGGUGUUAGAGUUCCUCUAGAAUAGAUGACCUAUUUAUUGAGCACUCAUCACUUGUACGAAGGUUGGAUUAUGUUUGGUUUUUAUUCUGAUUCAUUUGUGGGGAGUUUAUAUGACAACCAGCAUUCAUCCUGAUUUGCUUUGGGGUGUUUAGAUGUCUUCCUGUUAAUCAUUCGUUCAUUUUCAGGGCAUUUUCCUGUGACUUUUCUAUCUUCCAAAAGGCUCUUUCUUUUUUGAAGCACCAGGGCAACAAAACACUUUAACCUACUUUUGUGGUGUGAGCCUCAAUUUCCAGGUAUGCACUUGAAUCUUCCCACAAAAUCAGGAGGCUCCCUCUGUCAGUUUCAGCAAGACAACAAGGAAUCCUGGGGCAUCUUAACAUCUAACAAAGUUAUUGUGAGAUAAAAGGCUUAGCUGAAGACAUUUUGCUGCUUAAAGCAGAACAGCAUUCACCUAUGCCCGUGUCAAUGUACAUAGUACCCCAGGCUAGCCAAGUUAUUUGGGGAAGUGGGGCAGAAAAUCUCACAUGCACCUCUUUUCCUUCUUGUAAAUGCAACUACCACUACCACCACCACCAAUACAACUACAAAUAGAUCACAAUUUGCUGCUCUUUCAUGACAUUCAAAAUUAGUUGUCCUUCUCUGCCUAAUGGUAGAGCUGGCCCUGACAGGGUUAAGAUAUCAUGCAUCAGACUCCAAUAUAUCAUAUGCAUGAAGUUUUUCCUACAUGGGUGAGCAGAGCUACCCUUAGCAGAGAGAAAGAACAAUAUUUUUUAAAUAAUGAGACAAGGUGGCCAUGCAAUAGAAACAGAUAGCUGUAGGUGUCAUAAAAUUCCGCAACACACAAAGACAGAAUCCAGUCCAAUCAAUGGAUGAUCUAAUCUGCCAGGGUGUGGCCCAUUUCCAGCUAGCGGCCACUGGUGAUGAAUUGGCAUAGAAAGUUCAAUAGUAUACACACCAAAGGAGGAUAGUAAACUAAGCACUCCCAGGAUUUGCUGAGACCAAGCUCUGAUGCUGUCCAUAUUGAAGCCAAGUUGGAGUGCGGGCAGAAUUUAGUACAUGGGAAGCUUGGUAUAAGUCUGAUCAUUGGACCAUUCAGCCCAGUAUCUUCAGGGACUGGCAGCUCAUCAGGGCCUCAAACAGAAUAAAAGCAUGUGCUCUACCAUGGAGUUAGAGCCAUUCCCUAAGAAACGAUGCUUCCUGUCCUUACUCUCUUAUCUUCAAGAUGGAUACUUUCAGCUCUCUGGGGAGGAAGAGGUUUGGAAGGGUCUUGCAUAUUAGGCAGUAGUUUAAAGAUUGAAGCCACCACUGCUUAGUAGGGCAAACACUUCCCUGUGUGCAUAUAAAUGUAAAUACCAUGUAAAUAGCAGCGUUUGCACAUCUGGACACCUGAUCUAGCCAGCUUCCCCAUACACAUGUAACUGGGUGUUCAAAAAUUGUGUGCACGUAUGUAGGGUAUCUGCAUAUUUCCUAUUUACCACCCAAGUUUCUUGCAGCAAUCAUUUAGAGCUGCUGAUUUAUUUUGCUCUGUCCCCUCCCCCCCCCCCAGUUUGGUUGGCACAGAAUGGUUCAGAUGAAUUUCUAUUUAACUUGAAUCAAUUUGCCCAUGAGUAUGUAGUUCAAUUAAUUCUGAAUGUAAUGGAUUACUACACAAGCCCCAUUCCAUCAGUCAAUACUGUAUAAUGCGUGUGCACGAACCAAGAAGAGGAGGAGAGAGACUGUUGCUUUUAAGUCAGCCGGCUUUUGUGAAAUGAAAGGCAAGUGCCACUAGGCCUUCCAUAAUUAUGUUCUGUUUUGUUGUACUUAUCCAUGUUAACCAAAGCUGGGGGCAUUUAUCCUCUCUGUGACAUUUUGGGAGAAGUCCCUGGCUGCUCACUUUCCCAUGCUUGGAUGUACAGAUACUGCCAGGCCCAGGGUCAUGAAAAUGCACAAUAGAAGUGGUGUAGAAAUGGCAUAGAAAUGGCAUGGAUCCCCUUGAUAAGAUGCCUCAAGGGCACAGUGCAUUUUGAAAGAGACUCGCAAAUGAUCAAGAAAGCAUUUUAAACACAGCUUUUGCUUUUAUCCUUCCAGUUGCAUGCAAAAUGUGACCCCUAGUUGGCUGCACACCUUCAUUCUCUCUGACUCAACCUGGCUGCUACCCUUUGCACCAGGGUCUCAAGUCUGGUGCACCCCAGAUGUUAUUGGACUACAGCUCCCAUCAGCCCCAGGCAAAGUGGCCGGUGGUCUGGGAUGGUGUCAGUUGGAGUCCAAGAACACCUGUCAGCUACGUUGUAUCUUGGGGUUGUUAAUCACUCAUGUACCAAAAUGUUAUUACCAUCAGGUAAGAAUUGGAUUGGCUCUGUCGGUGUGCUUGUGCAGCCCUGACCUCAGAACCACCUGUCCCUACCUUUGGAUCAUUCCAGGGAACAGCAGUAACACUGCUUUUCUUUGGGGUGGAGGGGGUAUUUGGUGCCAGCCAUUGCUGGUUAUGUGGCAACAUAAAUGAGUAUAAAAGUAGGAUUGAAAUGUGAAUGCAUGAACAGUGGAUUGAACUAAAAUGAAUUUUUUUUAGAACAACAACAACAACCAAAACUUAAUUUGGGCAUCAAAUCAGCCCCAAGAGAUUCGGUCUAUUGAUUGCACUCUUCCUAUUAAUUUAACAGAGAACAAGAUACAUGGUAGCUGUGGAACUGUCUCUUCCCUUUCCACACUAAUACUUUUCUCCUUGUCCUUAAUGCUGCACAAUACAAGAUGACAGCGCAAACAAGGAGUAAAUUAGAAAAGCAAAAUCCGCUCCAGGGUUGUUGGUAUUCCCUGGAUAGUCUGAUUUGGCUUAGAAACGUCACUUCUCUGAGAUAAUUAUCUGCUGCUGGUCUGAUGACUUUAAAUGAGCAAUGGAAAGCUAAUAGGUUACAAUGACCCUGAAGCUUACUAGCUUGCAGACAUUGUGAGGUUAAAAUUAAAAGAAGACCCGAGAUCCUGAAUCAACAGUAGCAUUCAUUUCACAGCCUUGUCUGAAUGAGGACAAUGUGGAUAGCCAUCAUUCCAAGAUGAUGUGGUUUCCAGUUCUAUAAUUCUGUUAGGAAGCCUAAGAAGAAGAGACCUGCUGGAUCAACCUAUCUGGUUCAGCUUCCUGUUCUUGCAGUGGCCCACCAGAAGCAGGACCUAAGUGCAUCAGGACUUGUGUCCCCCAGCAGCUGAUGUUGAGAGGAAUAUCUCCUCCAUUGCUGUUGGCAGCACACAGAGUAACCCUUUUAAAACCAUUCAGGUUGGUGGCCGUUAGUGAAGGCAACAGUGGAGAAUAUUCAGAAUUGAUUUUUUUUCCUGCAACACCAUUUCAGGUUGUGCAUCUCUCACAAGCCUGAGCCUUACUUCUAAAGGAGUGCCUUUGACAUUGUUUUGUAUAUUGGCCUUGGUCUAUGUGUCCUUGAAUAGAAGGAUAUGUACCGGAGGAUCUGUGGAAUUGUAACUGCUACACCUGGUGCUCAGAAGCACACUGCCUCUGACUGUGGAGGUUUAAAAAAAAUGCACUGCUGAAACAAAACCUAAACGUUGGUGGAGUCACACUCUUUUCUGAAUACCAGUUUCUGGAAAGCUCAGGAGGGGAGAGUGCUCUUGUUCUCAGGUCCUGCUUGCCAGUUUCCCACAGGCAUCCGAUUGGCCACUGUGAAAACAGGUUGCUGGACUAGAUGGGACACUGUCUCAUCUAGCAAGCUCUUCUUAUGUUCUCUCUCACUCUCUCUCCCCGCCCCCUUUUCUUCUCCACUCACUGGGCUGCCAGGAAAUCUCCCUUUCGCUAGAGAUCUGAACUGAUCGCUUGCAGACGCCUUUCUGAUAUACAGUAUUUUAUUUUUGAGAUUUUAAUACCACUUUGGGGCCUAACAAAGGCCCACAAGAAUGAAAGAACCAAACCAAACACCACCUAGUUACAAAAAUUAAAACCAAAACCUUGAAAACCAAAAGUGGCAGUUAAACCUUCUCAUAUAUAUUAAAAGCCAUUAAAUAGUCACACAGAAUAAGAAAGUUUUCACUGCCUGCCAAAAUGGCACCAGGCAUUGGGGCAGGGCUAGGCUCAUCUCCUUCAGCUGGAUGAACCACCAGCAGGGGGCUGACACGGAAAAAGCCACACCUCACAUUCCCACCAACAAAACUUAUUUUGCUGGUAGGGGAUUUAACAGGAUCUCUGUAAAUGACCUCCCCCCAACCUCUGGGCAGGGUUGUACAGAGGAGUCAGUCUUCCAGAUAUCCUAACUUAAGUCAUUUAGGGCUUUAUUGGCAAACACUUCUCCCUUUUCCUCCUUCCAUUCCUCCUCCCAUUAUCUCCCUGACAUUCCCCGCUUCUCCCUCUAGGCUCCCCCCCCCACCCUGAAAUUAGGUCAAGGCCUACAUUUUCUCCACCCCGAUGUAGAGAGCUCCAAAGUGGCACACUUAGCAUUAUAUAUAUAUAUAUAUAUAUAUAUAUAUAUAUAUACACACACACACACACAGUAUAUAUGAUUUCUAGAGAGAGCUAUAGAAAUCUCAAGGCUAUGAUUUAUUUUGAUGGAUCAUAAAAUAGGACACUGUUAUUUUGCAAAGGCAGAUCAAAACUUCCUGAGCAAGUACUUUGGCUCUGCAACUCUAUUUAACUCAUCUGUCAACUGCAAAAUAAACAGAAGGCAUGGACGUUUCAUUAUAUUGCAAGAAUGAUUAUGGGAAACAAUUGUUAAUUGCUCAGUUUAUUAUGUACUGAACAUUACAAGAAAACAAACACAUUGGGAAAAUCUAUAGGGUGUGUCUGCUAAAGGAUUAAAUAUGAUAAUUCCCUGGUGCGGGCCAACUUAUUCCAGCGGAGUUUGUGAAGUAGAAAAAUAACUUAACACAGAUUUUGCUAUAGCUCUCUAUUAUUUAAUCUGUUUUCUAAGCAAGGAGGGAGAUUGAAGAUAGUGGUUAUGCUUGGAGACUAGCAAAGUGAAAAUUCAGUUCUGAGUACUGAUUUUAGUUCUGACUACUACAUUUUUUUUAAUGGACAGAUGCUUCCAGAUUGUCAGCACUGAACUAUGCCAGCUACAAUCACCUAACCAACUAACCUAGGGUGUCAGAAAUGAACCUGGGCUCAAAAUGGUGUAGGAUUCUUUUCUCAGUGUAAUUAGAAGCUGUUACUAUUACAUCUGCAGCACUGGUUCAUAUAGGGAUACAGAGACUGUAUAUACUGGUUCAUAUAGGGAUACAGAGGGAUAUAUUCGACAGCUAGAUUUCACUCUUGGUCUGAACGUUUCCUACUUGCUGCCUCACUUUGGGUGCAAGCCAAGGUAUGUAGGUUUACACUGGAGUCACGCUUUAUUUUUUAAAGGACAAGGCAUGGUGUGCAAUGUUAAGUUUUUAAAGGGGACGGAAUCCAGCUCUCUGCAGCAAUUUUAAGCUAAAAUUAGUCAUAUUAUUGUUUAUUACUGUUUAUUAUUAUUAAUCACCUCCUACACACACAUCUCAAGGUGAUGUGCAAGAAAAACAAUUUAGAAAAACACCCCAAAGUGCAGAUAUAUUUAAAACAAAAACAUGAACAUUCACCCAAGUAUCCUGUUCAAAAUGGCAAUCUGGUGACGCCUAUAAACAAAUUCAUUUGUAUCCUGGAUUUGCCCUUUUAAAUGGCAAGGUACCAGCUCAACUGCACUACCAGGUCCUGCCCCUGUAGAGCAAAGCUCCAGCCUGCAUUGUUUGGCAGCAAACUGGAGCCUGAAAAUAAAUCUGCUGACAGAAAAAGUUUGGGUCUGGGGCAAUUGCUCACAUUACUGCAAGUGAUUCUUGUGCUGUUCUUUACACAAAUGGACUUCAUGCACAUAAAGAAUGGCAUGGGGAUUUACUGGGCCAAGGAGGAACAAUCUAGAGAUGUUUUAUCACCACAUGUCCUGGAAAUAAGUCAGCUGGAACCAAGGCAGUCAGCAUGCACUGGAAUCAUAUGGCGGCAAGUGAAUCCACUAACCAAGAGGAACUUUUUGAGAAACUGUAUGGAUAUAAAACAGGCAUAGGGAAACUCAGCCCUCCAGAUGUUAUGGGACUACAGCUCCCAUUGUUCCUGACCACUGGUCCUGUUAGCUACGGAUGAUGGGAGUUGUAGUCCCAAAACAUCUGGAGGGCCAAGUUUGCCUAUGCCUGAUAUAAUACUUACUAGCCUUAGAAAGCUAUAAAUCCUUAAAAUGAAAAGAUUGCAUGUUGUGUUUAAAGGCAAGAAGCUUUGCCUUUCAUGUUUUUUGUGUUGAGCAAGAUGAUCUUUUGGGAUUUAAAUAUUUUAAUUUGUGAUUUUAAUGCCUUCCUAAAUAUAGAAGAACUUUAAUCUUUAAAAGUUAUUGUUUCGAUUGCAUUGGAUCUUGGAGGAUGGUACUUUUAUCACUGUUAUACUAAUACCAGCGGUAUUGCACUGCGGCAUUUCCUGGGAAUAUGCUUCAAUCAUUAACGCUUCAGUUAGCAAUUUUGCUUUGCAAAGGCUACAGCACAGGAAGAAAAGGUUAAUUGCCCCCUCCAUGUGGACUGCCAUCUGCUUGGGGUCAGGCCCACCUUCAGCUGCUAAUUAAAAAUUGAACAACAUCACCAAACAGAGAGCACCAAACAGCACAUUUAACCCAAUCUGUCGCUUGGCCCUAAAUAGUUUUGGUUCAGCUAUACUAUUGUAGAUUUUGUUCAGGGACCAUCUGAAGAUGCAAUAAGUAUACUGGCUCUAAUGCAGCUUUUAAGAAAUACCUUUCUUGCUUUGCAUGUUGGUAUCUUUAGCAUUUGGCAAAAAAGAUGCAUUAGGCUUCUGCAACAUGCUUCUACAAGAAAGGAGAAUGUGCUGCUGGAGGCAAUGGGGAGAAUAGAGAAAUACUGACACGUAAUGGCUUUACUUCCCAAGUUAACAAAAAGAACCUUGGGGAAAUCAGAAAACAAAUGAGUAAUGUGAGCAGCAAACCUCCACGGCUCCUAGACAGUGAAAUAACAAAUUACUGCGUUUGCAGGGUCCUUCCUCCCCGCCAUCCACCUCCCUGUGCCUUAAUUCUUUUUUUCCCUACUGAGAUGCAAUGUGCCCAUCUCACAUUCUCUCUGAGAAGAGGGAGAGAGUGGCACAGGCUCAAAUCACAAAGAAAGGUCUACGUAGUUCACACAUAUGAAGCAGAAGCUUUUUUGCCUUCAACUAAUUUGUCGAUGUAUCGUAUAUACCACUGCAGAAUCAGAACUCCAUAAUGCCAUCCAAAAAUUAUAUCUAGGUCAACUUCAAACAAAUGCUUAUUUUUAUUAGCUAGUAUCUGACCAAGUCAUUCUCAGCAUAAAAGCAUUGAAGUCAAUGGGUUUAACUCUUGAGUAUAAUUUAGCCACUCUGUGAUUGGUGACUUACCAAGUUUUGGUCUAUUAAUUUCAAUAGGUUUACUUUGGGUAAAACCUGGUUGUGACCACAUUAUAUUUCUCCUCCUCUAAAGAUCCAUCUGGUUAAAUAUCUACUAAAAUAUCCACCAGAAGUUAAUGUUUGGUUUUCAGCUGUUGCCCUUAUAAUUAUACUUUUAUAGGUUAGGUUUUAUCCUGCCAUUUUUUAAACUGUUUAGGGUUUUUUUUUUUGUUUAGCUAAUGCUUUGAUGUUUUUAAUGCUGAUGUUGCUACCUGCCUUUUCAAUAAAGGCGGAGUAACUCUUUUCAGUGAAUACAUUUUACUUAAUUAAUUGAACCUGUUGUUUCUUGCCCUGAACCUCCAUGAUAGAACAAGACACAAGUUCAAAGUUUUUUCAAAACAAUCAGGCAAGAAAAUUAAUUACACCUGUUAAUGGUGAGUUGGGGAUGGACCAGCUGGACCAAUGAGAUAAUAAAUGUCCCUCUAAGGCAGUAGUGGGACCAUUCCUUAAGAAACCUUCUUUGGACUGAGAAGAUCUUAACAACUGUAGGCUAGUUGCACGUGUCCCUUUCCUGUGCAAGGCUCUAGAGAGAGUGGUUGACUGACCAACUCCAGGCACUCUUUAAUAAGUUUUCUUUUCAGGCACAUUUUAGGCACUGAGACUUCCUUGGUUUCCUUGUAUGAUAGCCUAUGUAGGAGAGAGAUAGUGGAAGUAUGUCUGGAGUUUGGGAGUGUUUUAAAAUUGUUGUAAGCUAUCCAGAGCACCCUGUUAGCUUUUAUUGUUAUGAAACUCUUUGAAUCCAUGUGAAAUUGCCUGUAAGCUGCCCGUUGGGCAUCCAACUGCAGAAGGGGCCUGUUACUCACAUGGUAAUAAUAAUUUUAUUAUUUCUACCCUACCCAUCUGACUGGGUUGCCUCAGACAUUCCAGGCAGCUUCCAUCAAAUAUAAAAUCACAGUAAGACAUCAAACAUUAAAAACUUCUCUAUACAGGGCUGCCUUCAGAUGACUUUUAGAAAAGUCAAGUAGUUGUUUAUUUCCUUGACAUCUGACAGGAGGGCAUUCCAAAGGGUGGGCAUGGCUACUGAGAAGGCCUUCUGCCUGUUUCCUGUAACCACCUGUCUCCUUGAUCCUUGCCCAUCCUGGCUGAUAAAAGCGAGCCGGGAAGGGCUGGGCGAUGGGCUCUGCGGGGUGGUGAAUGCUUCCCUCUGUGAGGGAGCCUUCCCAGACCUGCUGAAAGAGGCGGUCAUUAAACCGCUUCUUAAAAAAACAUCUUUAGACCCAGCCAAUUUGACCAACUAUCGCCCAGUCUCAAAUUUACCAUUCUUGGGCAAGGUGAUUGAGCGGGUGGUUGCCAAACAACUCCAAGCACGCCUGGAGGAUGCGGACCAUUUGGAUCCCUUCCAAUCAGGGUUCAGGCCUCACCAUGGGACUGAAACUGCCUUGGUCGUGCUGGUUGAUGAUCUCCGGUGGGCUAGGGACAAAGGUGAGAGCUGUUUCCUAGUUCUGCUGGAUCUCUCAGCGGCCUUUAACACCAUCGACCAUAACAUCCUUCUGGACCGUCUAGAGGGGCUGGGAGCUGGGGGCACUGUUAUACGGUGGUUCCGCUCCUUUCUCCUGGGCCGUGUCCAGAAAGUGGUGGUGGGGGAUGAGUGUUCAGACCCCUGGGCUCUCACUUGUGGGGUGCCUCAGGGUUCCGUCCUCUCCCCCAUGCUUUUUAAUAUCUAUAUGAAGCCGCUGGGAGAGAUCAUCAGGGGGUUUGGGCUGGGUGUUCAUCAGUACGCAGAUGACACCCAGCUCUACCUCUCCUUUAAAUCAGAACCAGUGAAGGCGGUGAAGGUCCUGUGUGAGUGCCUGGAGGCUGUUGGAGGAUGGAUGGCGGCUAACAGAUUGAGGUUGAAUCCUGACAAGACAGAAGUACUGUUUUUGGGGGACAGGGGGUGGGCGAGUGUGGGGGGUUCCCUGGUCCUGAAUGGGGUAACUGUGCCCCUGAAGGACCAGGUGCUCAGCCUGGGAGUCAUUUUGGACUCACAGCUGUCCAUGGAGGCACAGGUUAAUUCUGUGUCCAGGGCAGCUGUCUACCAGCUCCACCUGGUACGCAGGCUAAGACCCUACCUGCCCGCGGACUGUCUUGCCAGAGUGGUGCAUGCUCUAGUUAUCUCCCGCUUGGACUACUGCAACGCGCUCUACGUGGGGCUACCUUUGAAGGUGACCCGGAAACUGCAAUUAAUUCAGAAUGAGGCAGCUAGACUGGUGACUGGGAGUGGCCGCCGGGACCACAUAACACCGGUUCUGAGAGAUCUGCAUUGGCUCCCAGUACGUUUCCGAGCACAAUUCAAAGUGUUGGUGCUGACCUUUAAAGCCCUAAACGGCCUCGGUCCUAUAUACCUGAAGGAGCGUCUCCACCCCCAUCGUUCAGCCCGGACACUGAGAUCCAGUGCCGAGGGCCUUCUGGCGGUUCCCUCAUUGCGAGAAGUAAGGUUACAGGGAACCAGGCAGAGGGCCUUCUCAGUAGUGGCACCUGCCCUGUGGAAUGCUCUCCCACCAGAUGUCAAAGCAAUAAACAACUAUUUUACUUUUAAAAGACAACUGAAGGCAGCCCUCUUUAGGGAAGUUUUUAAUGUCUGAUGCUGUACUGUUUUUAAUAUUCAGUUGGAAGCCGCCCAGAGUGGCUGGGGAAACCCAGCCAGAUGGGCGGGGUAUAAAUAAUAAAUUAUUAUUAUUAUUAACCUCACUUCUCGCAGGGAGGGAACUGCCAUAAGGCCCUUGGAGCUGGACCUCAGUGUCUGGGCUGAAUGAUGGGGGUGGAGACGCUCCUUCAGGUAGGUCACAUGGUUUGCAUGCAUAGGGUCCCAGAUUCAAUCCCUGUAUGGGUGCCAACUCUGGGAGCCAAGCUCACCCCCCUGAAUAUUUUUUGAGGGGCUGCCCCCCAAUGUUCAAAAAAAUAAGGAGGCAGAGGAGACCAAGCCCAGAGCCAAGCACAGUGUAGCUUCAGUGACCAGCUCCUCCUGCUGCUGCUGUGGAAGGGAAGGAGCAGGGAGGCAGCCCCUGGCUGCCAGCAGUGGUAGGAAGAGCAGAAGGCAGCUGAGAACUAGAGAGGAGGAGCCACUAGCCAUUGAAGCCAUGCUGCUGCCACAUUUGCCUCCACCCCUGGCUCCUCCUGAGGUUGUGAUGGAACAUCACGCAUCAUGCACACAUCACACAUGUGACACCUCCCCCCCCAAUCUCCCUUGCAAGUUGGCACCUCUGAAUCCCUUGCACCUCCAGGAAUGACUAGGAAAGACUCCUGUCUGAAAUCCUGGAGAACUGCCACCAGUCAGCACAGCUUUCCAUGUGUCCAAAGGCAUAGGCAAACUCCAGCCCUCCAGAUGUUUGGGACUACAAUUCCCAUCAUUCCUGACCACUGGUCCUGUUAGCUAGGGAUGAUGGGAAUUGUAGUCCCAAACAUCUGGAGGGCCGGAGUUUGCCAAUGCCUGGGAUACACAAAUGAAUGUGUGUGGCAGUCUCUCUGUCCUCGGCUCUCAGGUAUUAAGAGAGCUGCAGCCUUCCAAGCAAAAUGUAACUUACCGUUGACUCUUUGCAAAACUGUGCUGAUUUACUCCCACUGGGACUCUAGCAAAGCCCUGUUCCUGCCAAUGAGAGAUGCCACAGUAAUUGACGUAGAAAUACUCUCCUCUUCCCUCAGGGGUAAUGAUGGGAAUAUUCACAAAGAAUGCUGCAAUUUAAAAACCUUUUAAACUCACCCUCAUCGCACUUUGCCCUGAUGCACAGCUCCUCCAUUGUCACAACACUGUUGCAUUUUAGUUGACAACAUGCUUUAGGGGCAGUUCCUUGCCAGUCAGCUUUUUUUUAAAAAAAAAACAAUGACGACAACAACAACAACAACACUAAAAAGGCUCCUCUAAUGCUCUCCAACAGCAGGCAACUUGUUUUUCUUUGUGGGUGUAAUUACAACAUAUACUCAGGCAUCAGUGUUUCAAAAUGACAGAGGACGCCAGUCUAUUCCCUGUCUAUUCUGUAUGAAUCUAAUGUUGAGAUUAAAUAGAAUUCAUGAUAGAAAAUGACCCCAGAAAAAGUCUGCCCUGUCUUUCAUCCAUGUUAUUCUGCAUACCUGAAAUAGGAUCCACCACUGCAGACAACUCUGGGAGAAAGGACUCUACCUGCAUGCUAAUUUGCUGGGUAUCUGUACAAAACCUCCAAAAGCAAGCACUUGUCUGCGUCAGUUUCCAUGGUGCUGUCACGCCGCUCCCUCUCAACAGCUUCACUUAUCAACAUUUUCCACCCGUCUUCUUCUUCAUAAUGUGCAGUUCAUUCACCCAGAAAGUUCAGCUUUUGUAAUGAUGGCUUGGGGGGAGGGCAGAGGGGGGGAGGGAAGGCAUCCGGGGUGAAGAGGUGAGCUGUGUUCACAGAGGUGUAUGGGAACUUGGCUCUGUGACACAAUGGGGAAUUAGAAAACACACUCCCUCCCGCAUUCAUGCUGCGCUGCUUGCAAAGAAAGAUACAUGCACAUGCACACACAUGCACACGCGCGCGCGCACACACACACACACAGAGAGAACUAGGGAUGAGUUUGAGACUUUAAACCACACACCCACAUCCCUGCAGCUGCCCCACUGUGCAAGUGCUAAGAGAAUGUUAAAGCAGAAGCUCUGUGUGUGUGUUUGUGCUGCAAAGUAGUCGAUCCUAAUGCAUCAAUUAACAGCCCAGCCUGUAGACCCGCUCCUUGCCUACCUAACUGGCUGCCUCUGUUAAUUGGCUUCCGUUUCUUUCUUCUCCACAGGACAGCUUUCCUGCUCGCUUUGGAGGAGUCCAUUUUGUGAACCAGCCUUGGUACAUCCAUGCCCUGUACACGCUCAUCAAGCCCUUCCUCAAAGACAAGACAAGGAAAAGGGUAAUUAGAAAAUGAAGCAAGCCACAAGCCCACCCCCCACCCCCAGUGGCACAAGGGGGUCCCUGCUUUCUGCGCCUCCUCCUUUUGUCUUUGUGUGGUUUUGCUUUGCAUGGCCUCAGGACGGCAGCGCGAGCUGACGCCUCAGUUGGAGUUUGCCAACAGCCCGUAUGCAAUCAAUAUUUCAGCAGGAGACAGUUAUUUUCAGAAUCUAAGCCAGGCACCAGAAGGGGGGAAAAAACACACCUUUCAUUGUGUACAAAAGAAAGACACCAUUUUAUAGUAUAAACACACACAGCUAUGGUAGAGUACUGGGGGUGGGGAACCCACAGAAACUGUUUGAAGAGCCCUACCCAUUACAGAUGAGCAGGGGAACCUCAUGCUAUGGGGCUUCUCUGGCCACAUUCACACAAUACAUUUAAUGUGCCAUAGUCAUGGCUUCUUACGAAGAAUUCUGUGAGAUGUAGUUUACUAAGGGUACUAGGAGCUGUUAGGAGACCCCCUACCCCCCCCAAGCUACAGUUGCCAGAGUUCCCUGGGAAGAGAGAUUGAUUCUUAAACCACCCUGUGAAUUGUCGCUCUGUGAAGGGAAAAAGGUCUCCUCACAACUUUCAGCACCUGUAACAAACUACAGCUCCCAUAAUUCCUUGGGGGAGACAUGACUGUUUAAAGUGCUGCCAUAGCACUUUAAAUGUAUGGUGUGAAUGUGGACAUUUCUCCUCCCCAGCUCCUUAACUAGCUGUGCUCUGUACCUUCCUCAAGUGAAUUUGUCUGGCUGGAAUGUGUCUUUGAACUGUGAUAAUGCCUCUUGCUUGCCUGGACAGAGGUUGGGAAGGUGUGUAAGGAAACCUCUGGUUUUUACACGGCUGGCACAGAGCCUCCCAUACAAUUGUUAGAGUCACACACAUUGCUGCACCCAUUUUUGUCUCUCCUUCUGCCCCUCCCUGACAUGUGCUGCCUCUGCUCCCAGAUGUUUCCCCACAAGGCAUUUCAUCCUUGCAUUACAGACAUCUUGAGAGAAGUCUCCCAUUUUGCUUCCUCAGCAGAUUGCUUUUCUUGUAAAAGGGUGGGUGGGGGAAUAAUUGAUGUCACCCAAAUAAUUCAAAUUCCAAGCACUGCUGGAGAAGAAGCAGGACUUUAUUAUGGCAAAGGACUUGGGAAUAUUGAUUCCUACUAUAUACCAUUUUUACUACAGCCUUCAUAAAACUAUGCUUGAAGAAGGUACUUUUCUAUGCAAUUCCUCUAAUGGCUAGAAAACUAGCUGAAGAGGCAUGCUUGAUUGACGUAGGAAAGGAGUGUGGAUGGAGUCAAAGAAAGUCUCUACAAACAGAGCUUCAUACUCCCAAUCCAGGAAAACCCCCGCAAAGAGCAACACUUUUGGUACCAAACAGGAAUGCAAAGAGAAGCUUCCCAAAUUGACACUCCAUCCCCCCCAAAAAACCUGUUUUGUUACAGUGAGAUAAGUGGGGAAAUGUAAUUGAUAGAAUAUACCCAAACAACCAUCAUCCUUGGCAUCUGUCUGACUCAAGAGAAAAGGGAAGAGUGCACCAUCUGGGGUAAAGUCAAGCUGUUGGAGUUACAGCACCUGCUAUGGCUGUAGAGACCAAUAAGGGAGAGAUAUGUUUUAUUGCAGCUGAGGAAAAUGAAGACAUCCUGUUGUGCUGAUCAGGGCUGGAUUUAGGUUUGAUGAGGCCAUAAACUACUGAAAGUAAUGGGGCCCUUUAUAUGUCCAGCUGUUCUUUGUCAGCAACAAAUUGUCACUGUUUUUUGUGUUGAGUAUAUGCUAAAUGGUUAUUUAUGGACCUAAUAGGUAUCUAAAGUUAUUUGCACAUGCAUAUAUAGAAAUGAGCAAACCAGUGAUAUUUUAGGGAGCAGGCUAGCAGGCAGGGCCCAUUACUGAACAUCAUGGGAGCCUACACAACACAAAACACUGUUGCUUUAUGUAGGUUUUUUUUUUUUAAUCUUAUAUUUUGGAAAUGUUCAUCCAGUGGGUUUUUUCCUUUAAUUUUUUUUUUGGAGGGGGCCCAAGAGAGUGGGGCCCUAAGCUAUAGCUUGUUUAGCUUAUACGUAAAUCCGGCACUGGUGCUGAAGCAGGCAUUUCUCUUCUCUGCACUCUUCCUAGCGGUCAUUCCUCCUCUGGUCAAUGCUGUGGAUACAUGACCUGACUUUCGUCAUCUACACUGUAGUCAUCGGCAUUGGAUUCCCACAUAGCAGGGUUGAUGUUGCAAAAAAUUAUAGAUGUAGGGAAAAGAAUAAAAGUGAAAGAACAGGAAAGGGCACUGACAUAAAAAGCCCAGACAGUAGUAGGGGAAUCAUUUCCAUGGAUUAUAAGAUGAACAAUAAUAGACCGCUAAAGAAUAUUGAUAAGGGGCCCAAAGCAAGUUAUGGCUUUUGAAUGUACCUGUCUCCCUUAGAUGUGUUUAAAUGUCUCUCCUGCAGGCAUUAUUGCUGCUGCCAUCAUCAUCAUCCUCAAUUAAAAUUUCUAUUGCAUCCAUCCUCCUAUGCAUUUUAAAUGUGCUUUCCCAAUGUUAUUAGUGCUCCCCCUCCCCUUGGAAUUCUGUUGAAGGAUAUAAAUGUUAGUGGUAUGCACAAGCCCCAAGUGUCAUCUCAGAGCUGCAUUUGUGUGUGUUUUCAAUUGCAAUGUGUUUCUGAGUUGCUCUGUGCAUUUUUCACUUUGAUCUAUUUUCAAGUUCUCAACAGAUCUGUAUAAAACAAAAUCCUGUGCUUCUCCACUCAGUACAACAGGGAACCUAAAAAUGACUACAUGUUUUUUAGCCUUUUGGCCAAAGUAAAUGAAAUUUAUAGGCACAGGAGUCCCUCCAGAGUGGGUUUUAACAAAAAAACAACCAAGAGCUCUUUCAAUUUUGGGCAGCCCCACUUCUUGCAAAGCCUUGGAGCUAGAGAAACACAGAGAUAUAUGGGAAACAUUGAUUGUUGAAAAGGAUAGAAACAGAGUGACAGACAUGAAGCUUUUGUGAGAAUCCCAAUCUGACUCAGCGGGGAGCUGGAAUAAUUGACAUUAUGCUUCAACUCAGGGGGGAGACCCUCAAAUCCCCCCAAUUCCCCUUGCUAUGUUCAUGCAGAGCAGGUGCACACCCUUAAUAAGUAUCCAUGAUAAAUAAUAAAAUAAAUGAAUGCCCCAUCAGCAUGUUGAAACAGAAAAGGCUUGCCUUUUUUUAAUCAAAAGAACUAGCAAGGUGUGCUUUAUGAUCUCAGCAGCCAGAAAGCCCAUGCCAUAGUGUUGGGGGGCAAUGGCUGUGUGAAGACCACACAUCAGCAGGCAAUAGUUUUCAUAGCCUUCGAAACAGAAUUUUCAUCAGAGAUUCUCCUUCCCAUCUUAAGACAUGAAGGGAUUUAUCCUAUGGGAAGUCCUACUCUCUGAUAAAGUUCAUAGGAAGUGAAAACCUUCAAAUAUCAAAACCAGUAGCUUGGAAUAACCUAGAAAAUUACCACCAAAAGCCAACACAGUUGCUGCUCAUCACCUUAUUUUUGCUGUGUUAGUGUCUACAACAGACCUGCAGCAAAAGGUUGGAGUAUGGAUCGCUCCUGUUUGUAGCUGACUGACUGGCCAUUGUAGCUGACUGACCCUGCCAUUCCUCCCUCAACACAGCCGGGUUUUCCAUUUCUGCUACUCUAUCAAUCACUCAGCAUUCCAUGAACAUGUAGCAUGCUCCAAACUCACAUGCUGCUUUGGACUUUCCACUCCCACCUCAAAGAUUCCCUCCCCCUAAUAUCUUUUGUACUUCGGCAAACUUUGAAAAAGUUUAAAUAUUAAGUAUCCUUAAUAUUUUAACAGCCAUGAAAAACUGAGAGCCAAUGAACUGUGUUCUUGUCUGUUUUUCUUUUUUCAAAGAUCUUUCUUCAUGGUAACAAUCUGAAUAGCCUUCACCAGCUUAUACACCCUGACUGCUUGCCCUCAGAGUUUGGAGGGACACUUCCUCCUUAUGACAUGGGCACUUGGGCUCGGACUUUACUUGGUCCAGACUACAAUGAUGAAAACGAAUACACGCACACUUCCUACAACACCAUGCAUGUGAAGCACUCGUCAUCCAACUUGGAGAGAGAAUGCUCACCCAAACUCAUGAAAAGGUAAGGUUCAGCCUCGGAGCACAUGUUUAGAGGAAAUGAAAAAUUAUCUGCUUUAAAACAGGAAAAGGAAAUAAUGCCUAACUGGAAAUGCAAGGAUUGCUUUGCCUUCAAGAGAGGAUAAUGACAAUGGAAGAACAUCAUCUAUAUACCAAGGAUGAGGAAUUUGUGGUUGUCCAACUUGUGGUUAGACUCCAACUCCCAUCGGUCCCAGCCAGCAUGCCUAAUGACCAGGGGUGAUGGGAACUGGUGGCCAACAAUAUCUGGAGGCACAGGAUCACUAUAAAUAAUAAUAGCAGUUACUGGCCUUAUGAAGAUGAGCAAAGCAAGUCAAAGGGAAAGAUGUCUCACCAGUGUAUUAUAUGAAAAUGUUUCAUAGUAAAAUGCUCUUUCAUGAGGCAGUAACAGGAUUAUGGCUGUUCUGGGCCUCAUUAAUGAUCGUUGAUUUUGGCACAUUCUGUCACACUUGUUCAGCAAAAUGGAAAAAGAAUAACCUGUGCAAAGGAAAGAGCAAAAUAUGGGGCCGGUUUGCAUGUAACAUUACCAAGUUAUGGUUUGCCAUGAACAAACAAGUGUGCUGAUGCCUGGAGAGAAAAUUGUGGCUGCUUUACUCCCCCCCCCCCCCCAUCCUACUGCUGCCUUGCUACUUUAUACUAAGCAUUAUAGGUGAGCCCAGGCAUGCAGUUUGUCUCAUCCAACACAUGAACUGCAACCAAGGUUUUUUCUUGGUAUAUCACUAAUGGUUUGUUUGGGAAGACAAACCAGAGCCUGGUUCAUACAUCAUGGUAAGUCAUAGUUUGGGUUACCCUUACAAAUAAAUGAGGCCAUACUCUAUGCCAAGGACCCAUUGUGGGUCAUGUCAAAUUUGGCUGUUUUGCAAGAACUGAGGCCAGCUGAUCCAGUGGCUGCCAUCCCCACUUUGUCGCCUCUUUUCACAGGUCUGGAAAACAGUUCACACAAACUAAUGAGCUUAUGAAAGGUAAUAGUUGACUAAAUCUAUUUACUGGUCCAUGCAGACUCACAAAAACAAUCUUGAGUAGAUUUAGGUUGCAAUCUUAUGCACAUUUACAUGGAAGGAAGCUAGCCUGAACUCACUGAGAAUUACUUUUGAGUAAAUAUUGCACUCUAUGGGGUUUUUCCCCCUGUAACCAUAAAUACAUAUGAAUAUUACUGAAAAAUCUGUAGUUGAGUAAUAACCCAAUACACAUUGUUUAUGCAUAUUUUUAUGUUGCCUGUAUUGUGUGGUUGCUCUCCUCCCCCCACCCCUUCAUAAUAAACACAGGCCUGGUAUUAUAGCUGUAUAGUUGGUGAUACAGAAUAGACACGACUGCAGUUUGGUAUGCAGUUUUAAGCACAUACCAAAUCAUGUACUGUGGUUUGUCUCUGAUGGAAAAUGUAAAUGGAGUGGGAUUCCAAUCACAGAAUUAGAGAUUUAGGACACUGGGAGUUUGGCCCAAUAAGAUAAGUUUGUUACAAGAAGACAAAAUACAUUCUACAGCAAUGGGAAAAUAUGCUCUGCAUUUCUAUUCCAUCUCAAGGAGAUAUGCUUUGCAGCUCGAGAAAUGGAUGCAAGUUACUAUGGCGACACCAUUUCCCUCUGUGUAUGCCACACAUAUGGAAAAUGCAAGGGAAGCUAGUCACACUAGAAAGCUGAAAACAGCAAGAUGAACAUUGUUAUUAUUAUUAUUAGUCACUUUCCCCACAGAAAGGUGAGCUCAAAGCAACCUACAAAAACAAACAUCAAAAACAAGUAUAGAAGCAUGAGUAAAAACAACUUUAAAGGCUCCUGUAUGAGUCUGGGUAGCUCAGUUGGCUAAAGCAUGGUGCCAAUAACGCCAAGGUUGCAGGUUCAAUCUCCCUAUGGGACAGCUGCAUUUUCCUGCAUUGCAGGUGGGUGGGAGUAGAUGAGUGGUUCCCAACCUUUUUUUGGCCAUGCCCCACCUAAGCAUCUCUAAAAUCCUGAUCCCUGCCCCCCAUGACAUAUAAUUCUUAUUAUUCAAAAAGUGAACUACUAUUCACAUGGAGGAAGCCUAAAGGGCCGUUAACUUGGCCUAAACAAGCUCGAAUUGCCCCCCCCCCUUAAAAAUCAAAUUGCCCCCCUGUGGAAACCACAGGACUAGAUCAGGCAUAGGCAAACUCAGCCCUCCAGAUGUUUUGGGACUACAACUCCCAUCAUCCCUAGCUAACAGGACCAGUGGUCAGGGAUGAUGGGAAUUGUAGUCUCAAAACAUCUGGAGGGCUGAGUUUGCCUAUGCCUGGACUAGAUGAUCCCCAGGGUCCCUUCCAACUCUACAAUUCUAUGAUUCUAUGUAUAAAAGAGCAGAAGCAAGUCUAAUGCAGCUCUCUCUCAAUCGACAAAAUCCUUGUGCUGUCAACUCUGAAUUGGCAGUGGCUCUCCAGGGUUUCAGGCAGGCAGUCUUCCCCAGCCCUACCUAAGAUGUUGAGGACUGAAGUAGUGAUCCAGCUCUUUGCUACCACAUGGACAGGCACACAGGAACACAGGUCUCUGCCUUUUAUCGACUCACACCAUUGCUAAAUUUUGUCUUACACUGACUGGCAGCAGCUCCUCAGGAUCUCUCUCCCAGCCCUGCCUGGAGUUGCUGUCAGUUGAAGACAGGACCUUGUGCAUCCAAAGCAGAUGCUUUGCCCCUGAGCUCCAGCCCCUCCUCUCCACCUGGUGGCGGUGACAGGGCUUGAGAACUGAAAAGAAACAAACCCAGAAUGCUACUGAAACCAAAAAGGCUUUGCGUGUUAUCAAUAAGUAAAUCAAUAGCGGCUUGUUGGAAGAAAACAUUUUCCCUUAUUAUUUUCUGCAGCAGGAAUGAAUCAUUGGAAGAUAAUAGCCUAGAGGAGCCAGUGUAAUGGGCAAGGAAUUAGAGGGAAAUGCGCAGAUGGGAGGUGAGGCCCCAGUGAAUAGAUCUUUUGCAGUGUGGCCGGAUUGAUUGGUUACAGUGCACCAAUUUGAAAGGCACAAAGCUCAGCUCAAGGGGGAAAGCUCAGCAGGAUAGUCAUGGGUUUCCCCCACCCACACAUGGAUUUCAGCAAAUAAGGUUGUUAAUAACGCAAAGGAAGAAUAAAAGACGAGAAGUAAAAGACUGGGAAUGAGAGCAUGUGGGUUGCUUUCAUUGUGUUGUCGUCCCCCCCCCCCCAUACAGCCUAAUCUUAAAGUGGAGUAGGGAUUGUUUCAUGUUUGAAUAGAUUUUUUUUAAAGCUUUCACAGGUAAGAAAAAAAAUGUGGCUCAUAGCUCAAGACUACAGCUGACAGGUUAAAUCAGAGCCUUAAGGCACCUUCAUGUUUCCUAUAGGAGUGCACUGGAGGGGGAAUGUGGGUGUGAUGGCUGAGUCUGUACAGAUGUAUAUAUAGAAAGAUGGAGAUAAAGAUAGAUGGUGUGUGUGUUGCAGAAUAUUUGGUGUGAAAUGCUCCCUGCCCCCCGAAACACAUCUGCAGAGCAGAUGCCAUCAUCAUGGUCUUACCAGAGAUGGAGGACAGGUCUGGGAGCCAAAUGCCUCAUCCAGGCCUCUCCAUCUGCCUCUCAGAAAUCUCCCCUCACUGGGCCUUGCUUCACACCCCUGUCUGUGAAGUAUUUUUGACUGACUGGAUUACAUCCUUGAACUCCAAUAAUGCUGCUUGCUUAUUUGGGUGAAGGAUUGAAAGGGGUAUGUAGUAGUAUAGAGUGCAGAGGAGCAGCAGCCCCAGGUGCAAAAUUCUGAGGGGGCGCAACCAGGUGCCUCCAUGACAGACACCCUCAUCUAGGCUACAUGGCUGAGCUCCUGCUGCCUUCUGGAUCUGUGGGGAGGCAAGCUGUGCCCUGGUUGGGUCUUUGGAGCUCCUUCUCCUCAGGGCCGGCAAAGAACACCCACACGCCCAGCCUCAGGGCUGGCCAAGCCGGGAGGCACAGCCACCAAGUCGAAAAGGCACAUGGCCACCACCGCCAUCAGUGGCAGCAUUGGUAGCCAUGUGUCUCACAGACUCCGUGUGCCCCCCCCCCGGUGUGUGCCUACCUCUACCCCAGCUGCCCUGUUCUCCAGGGAGCAUAAUACUUGCCCUGCUCCAGGGACCAGCAACCCACGCUACGCCACUGGGGGUAUGUGAGUGUUUUUAGAAACUAACUUACAGUACAAAAGUAAAAUUUGCAUAUACUGUUCUGCUCCCUUUUACCUCUGGCCUCACCCACCCCUGGCAUGCUGACCCAUGUGUACUUUUGCCUGCAGGCGCAUUUCCUCAGCCUCCAAAAUACCAAUCCUGUGUUCUAUUCUGAGUAUCAAAUGGAACAGAGAGCUAACACUUUGCCUACUGCUUCUGGAUCACAUACACCCCAUAACUGCAGUUUAUAUUGCUAAAAAUAGUGAAGAAAGAGAGAGCCUAAAGGAUAUAUUUGGUCUAAAUAUAGAGGAAGAGAUUCUAAAGAAUCAGGAGCAGUUUUAGAUGUUUUGUUAAGACAUACAAAUGAUUGGCCAGGAUUACAAACCCCAGAUCUGGCCCUACCACUAGAUAGUGUGAGGAAGCCACCUGAGGCAGCUGAUUUUGAAAGGGCAGCAAACUGCCAGUCAUUUAAUUAUUACUGCAUUGCCUGCUGCCAAGGAGACGACAUGACACUCGUGGGAUUUUCAUUCUCAGGUGCCAAAAUCACUCAACUGACCCUGGGUGAAAUGCACUUUGAAAUAGGUGUGGAAAUGCACUAUUUGCCUCAUUGCCAUAGGCAGGAAAAUGUUUUGGAUUUGCCCGGGGCAUCUGUGAACUGGCUGUACAAGAGAGGGAGGUGUCUUGCUGCUGAUGAAAUGAGUUUCACCAUUACAGAGAAACUGUUUCCUUUGAUUUAUAGUGGACCAACAAAUCACACGCGGCCCGAGCCCUCUUCAAGUAUUUGUUUGGAACCUCGGGAUUCCAAACAUAUCACUUGUGGGAUGCAAGAGACUCCCUUUUUUAAACAGUCCCCUUCCGCAAGUUGAAAAGUGAUUCAAAUAGGGAUGGAGCUCCAUUGCUCAGGGCUUCUAUCCAAUGCAGUUCCAAGUAACUUUCCUGUAAGGAUCAACGCUGGUGCAAUGGGACUUCUCCUACUCUCCUCCCCUGCAUGUCCCAAGCCCUCCCCAAAUCUGCUCCAGAAGGAUGCAGGGACCUAGAAUUGAUAUGGGGAUGCAGAACUGGAUAAAAUCCUCUUAUGCAAGUGUAAAUCCUUGUAUGUCGAGACAGCUAGUUAGCUCUGCAUUGGAUGCAAGCCCAGUUCUUCUGUCCAACCAUCAUGUGUUUACUGGAAUGCCGCUAACUCAGGUUUAAGCCUGAUACUUUUAUAAACCAGCUAAAGGCGCCCUCAGUUCAUGACGUAUGGUACAAGCUUACUUUGAGAGACAGAACCUUCCAGAAUGGGGGGAAAAAGCUUUUUGUUUUCUCUCACUGAAGCAUACACUUGCCCUUGGAAAGAAACCGCCAGCUAGAACUCAAUUCCGAAUACUAAUCUCUUUUAGAUUAGGGGUUUCAGGAAGAGAGAACACUGUUCCCAUUAGUGUUCUGGUUAGCUGUUCUAUUUUUACACUGCAGUGUUGUUGAAGGAACCGCUGGUGAUUUUUAUGAGGAACAUAAUUUGUACUUUCUAAAUCCAGCUAAUGCUUAGAUGGCAUCCAGUGUGAAUGAAUCACUAACUAAUAUUAACUCAAAGGCAUGUUCCAAAUCCCACAGUGAAGCUGGAACAUGGUGCUCAGCUCCUGCGACAGACGAUACCUGAAAUCUAAAAGGCUACAUUUAAAAUAUUAGUCUUCCGCAACGUUCAUCCAUCAAUUCUUUUGUUCUUUGGUGACUCAGGCUGCUUCAAAUGCUUUAGAUUUUGCAUGGGAUGAGGGUAGCAGACGGUGCAUUUGUGCUCCAAUGUUUCCUUUCUCAAAAAUUCACAAACCAUGUCUCUGAACUCCUCCUGGAUUUGAGAGAAAUUUAAACACAGUUUGGAGAUUCUGGAGGAUGAGGGGGGAGGGGGAAAAUCAGUACUGCAUUAAAUCUUUAAAGCCCUAAAUAACUUGGGGCUAGGUUACUUAAAGGAUAGCAUCUUCCUGUAUGUACCUGCCCAGACCUAAAGAUCUUUGCUGGAAGAUAUUCUCAGGUUUUUUUCAUCUUGCGAGGUUUGAUGGGUGAGGCACUAGGGAGGGGCCUUUUCAGAGUUGUUGCUCCAAUUACGGAAUGUCCUCCCCAGAGGGGUUUGCCUGGUGCUUGAGUUAAGGACUUUCACUCAAAGUCCUUUUUAGUGCCACUUGCCAUUUAGAACCAUGUUAUAGUGUAUUUUAGUACCUGGGAGAAAUUAUUUUUAGCUGAGCUUUAAAUCCUGUUAUAGAAUUAUUUCAUGCUGCUGCUGCUGUUGCUGGAGGAAUUGUAUUGAUUUUAGUGUUUUCACAUUUUUUGAUAUUUCAAAAUCGAUAUUAUUGUUUUAAAUUUUGUGUGAACUGACCAGAAUAUGUUGCUAAUGGGCAGUCAACAACUGUCUAAAAUAAACAAAUAAAUCCAGUGGUGUACAUGUGAGCACCAGCUUGUAUGUUUAAAGCCGGGAUUAGAAACUGGAUCUGACAAGUGGGUCGGAUCCUUGUUUCCAGUCCCUGCAGGUCAAACCCACCUGCCAUACUUCAUCUUAAAAUAGCAUAUAAACUCAGAGGCUUAGUGUUACUUGGAACAUCACUACCUGACAUCAGGGAAACUACCAGGAACCUACCAAUUUUGCCUAUGACCUCCUCCAAUCUGACCCCACCAAUGUGUUGAUAGAAAUCAGCACUUUGCAAAAUAAUUUCACAAUCAUCAACACUUGUACAAAGCCCACUACUUUUUUUUAUACCAAGCCAGAUGUUUUUGGAAAUGUUAAUUGCCUUGAGAUUAUAUUGAGAAAGUCAAUAAAAUAUUAAGACUCGGUACAUUCUUGGAAAGACAAAUGGCAGCUGAAGCCUUAAAGCCUAAGCAAUGCUAACAGCUGUUCUUUGUUUUCAGGUCUCAGUCCGUGGUGGAACCUGGAAUGUUGAAACAUGAGGAUCAGCAUGAGAAUGAGAACACCCAGCCACUGCUGGCUCUGGACUGA